UGAAGACUUUGAGAGUGCCGGCCACCAACAGGACGGGAGGCGACCGUCGAGGGCCGCGCUGCAGCUGUGGCGAACCGGGCCAUGGCCUCCACGGCAAAAAUGAGGGCACUACUCGCCUUAGUAGUUUGGUUAACGCUAGCGACAACAAAUGUAUUAUCAUAUAACGGACUCGGCCAUGGAAUCAAACACGAAAUAUUCUUCUUGAACUUGGAAGACGGUUACUUCGGAUGCCAGGUGAAUGAAUCGACCGAUGUGCUGCAACUGUACGAACUGUCCAAGCUCUGCGAUGGAGUUCCGGACUGUUUCCAGGCAUCCGACGAGCUGCGGCGCGAGCUAAAGUGUUCAGAUGACUGCGGCCUGCUGCCGGACCACCCGACGUGCCAGGUGAAGUGCCAGAACGGCGCCUGCCUCGACUCCCAGUGCCACUGCAACGACGGCUUUGGAGGCUGCGGCUGCGAAGUUCCAGAUGAGAACGAGUGCAAGUACCGUCCUUGUGAUGUGUUCGCGCACUGCACAAACACUCUAGGCAGCUUCCACUGUUCCUGCUUCCCUGGGUACACCGGCGACGGCUUCUCUUGUCAAGAUAUCGACGAGUGCGAGGACCCGGCCAUCAGGGCCCGCUGUGUCGCCAACGCCGAGUGCUGCAACCUGCCGGCACACUUCUUCUGCAAGUGCAACCCGGGCUACGAGGGAGACGGAGAGGUCGAGUGCAGAGAUAUAAACGAAUGUGAACUGCCUGGUGCUUGCGGAAUCAACACGCACUGUACCAACCUGCCUGGAAACUACACCUGUACUUGUCUGGACGGCUUUGUCGGAAAUCCGUAUGAUGGGUGCGUGCGCCAGGACGAGUGCUCGCUGCCCGGUGCGUGCGGACCCGGCGCGCUGUGCGUAGCGACGCUGGACGGCCACGAGUGCCACUGCCCGCCGGGCUCGGUGGGCGGCGACCCCUACUCGGAGGGCUGCGCCGGACCCGACGCGUGCGCGCGCAGCCCCUGCGGCCGCGGAGCCAUCUGCACCAACCACGACCUCGGCUUCAGGUGCACCUGUCCGCCCGGCUACGACGGAGACCCCAACGUCGCCUGCCAAGACGUUGACGCGUGCGCGGCGGCGGCGUGCGGCCAGGGCGCCGAGUGCCGGCGAGACGGCGAGGCGGGCGCCGCGCGUUGCGCCUGCCCGGCCGGCUUCACGGGCGACCCGCUGCUCGCCUGCAGCGACAUCAACGAGUGCUCCGCCGGCGCCGCCAGCUGCGGUGUCAACGCCAAGUGCAUCAACGUGCCCGGCUCCUACAAGUGCAUCUGUCCGCAGGGCUUCUCCGGACACGGCAACAUCUUCUGCGAAAAUGUCAACGAAUGCGAUGACAGCCCUUGUGGCGAGAACGCUAUAUGCACUGACACGGUCGGCAGCUUUAUUUGUACCUGCAAGGAAGACUAUACCGGAGACGCUUUCAAGGGCUGCACUGAUAUCAACGAGUGCGUGGCGCUGGACCGCCCGUGCGGCACGAACGCGCUGUGCGAGAACGCGGUGCCGGGCUACACGUGCGUGUGCCCGCAAGGCUACGCGGGCAAGCCCGACGCCAAGGUGGCGUGCGAGCAGGUGGACGUGAACAUCCUUUGCCGCUCCAACUUCGACUGCGCCAACAACGCCGAGUGCGUGGACGGGCAGUGCUUCUGCCAGAAGGGCUUCGUGGCGCGCGCCGCCGACUGCGUCGACAUCGACGAGUGCUCGCAGGGGCAGCCGUGCGGCGCCUCUGCGCGCUGCACCAACGUCCAGGGCGGCUACCACUGCGAGUGCGAGCCCGGCUUCGUCGGCAGCCCGCCGCGUCUGCCCUGCAAAGCACCGUGCGAAGAUGUCAAGUGUGGAGACCACGCCUUCUGUAAACCUGACGGUCAAGAAGCUUACUGCAUUUGUGAGGACGGCUGGUCGUUCAAUCCACUGGAUAUAACAGCAGGAUGUGUUGACAUCGACGAGUGUGACAAGAUCAAUGGACCCUUUGGGCGCUGCGGUGCCAAUGCGCUGUGUACCAACACGCCAGGCGGCUUCAGUUGCCAGUGCCCGCCUGGACUUACUGGAAAUGCAUUCAAACAGUGUCUAGACAUCGACGAGUGCGCGACGGGCAGCCCGUGCGGAGCGGGCGCCGUGUGCACCAACGUGGUGGGCUCGUACAGCUGCGGCUGCCCGCCGGGAUCCGUGCCCGACCCCGACCCCAAGGUCAAGUGCGUGGCCGUCGUGACGUGCGCCGCCGACGCCGACUGCCCCGGCAACGCCAUCUGCGACCCGCACAAGCGCUGCCUCUGCCCCGAGCCCAACGUCGGACCCGACUGCAGGCACCCGUGCGAGUCGGUGGUGUGCGGCCCGAACGCGCAGUGCCUGCUGCUGAACGGCGCGGCGCGCUGCCUGUGCGCCAGCGGCUACACGGCGGCGGCGGCGCCCGCCGGCGGCUGCGUCGACGUGGACGAGUGCGCGGCGUCGCCGUGCGCGCCGGGCGCCGUCUGCCGCAACGAGCCGGGCGGCUUCUCGUGCGAGUGCCCCGGCGGCUGGGCCGGCGACCCGUACCGCGGCGCGGGCUGCGCGCGCCCGCACGGCCCGGCGCCCGCCGCCUGCUCCAAGCAGCGGCCGUGCCCGCUGGGCGAGCACUGCGUCGCCGACCAGUACGCCGGCACCAGCGUCUGCCUGUGCCAGCGCGGCUUCACGCGCGAUCCCGCCUCCGGCCGCUGCCGCGACGUCGACGAGUGCCGCGAGCUGCGAGACCGCCCCGCCUGCGGCCUCAACGCCGUCUGCAAGAACCUGCCCGGUAGCUACGAGUGCCAGUGUCCGCCCGGCUUCAACGGAAACCCCUUCCUGCUCUGCGAAGAGUGCAACACGCUGGAGUGCCAGUGCCAGCCGCCGUACCAGCUUCUGGACGGCAACUGCGUGCUGGCGGGCUGCUCCAAAGGCGAGAAGUGCCCGCCGGGCGCCGAGUGCAUCACGAUCGCGGGCGGCGUCAGCUACUGCGCCUGCCCCAAGGGCUUCCGCACGCGCCACGACGGCUCCUGCGAGGACGUGGACGAGUGCUCGGAGGGCCGGCAGGUGUGCGGCUACGGCGCCGAGUGCGUCAACAGCGCGGGCUCGCACCGGUGCGUGUGCCCGCGCGGCUACAGCGGCGACCCCUACAACGGCGUCUGCUCGCCGGACCAGGUGCGCUGCGUCAGCCACGCCGACUGCUCCGCCAACGAGAAGUGCGUCCAGCCGGGAGAGUGUGUCUGCCCGCCGCCGUUCUUCGUCGACCCGCUCGAUGGCAACAAGUGCAAGAGCCCGUGCGAGCGCUUCCCGUGCGGCCUGAACGCCAAGUGUACGCCUAGCGACCCGCCGCGCUGCAUGUGCGAGCCGGGCUACAAGGGAGACCCGCUGACCGGCUGCUCCGACGUGGACGAGUGCGCCGACAGCCCAUGCGCCUACGGCGCGCACUGCCUCAACGAGAAGGGCGGCUACAAGUGUGUCUGCGCCAGGGGCAUGACCGGCGACCCCUACCGAUCCGGAUGCGUGAACGCGGUCGGCGCCGGCAAGGCGGAGUGCGGCAGCGACGCGGACUGCGCGGGCCAGCUGGCGUGCGUGUCCGGCGCGUGCGUCAACCCGUGCUCGACGCUGCCGUGCGGGCCGCACGCCUACUGCGAGGCCGACAACCACGCAGCCUGGUGCCGCUGCGCCGUCGGCUACACCGAGGCCGCCAACGGAGAGUGCGUCUCAGUGUGCCAGGGCGUGGUGUGCGGCCGCGGCGCGCAGUGCAUCGUGACGGCGCUGGGCGCCACAUGCAAGUGCGUCGAGGGCUUCAUCGGCAACCCAUUCCCCGGCGGCCUGUGCGUGCCCGACGUCUGCUCGGCCAGCAACCCGUGCGCCGAGCCCAGCGUCUGCAUCGGCGGCCGCUGCAAGGAGCGCUGCGAGGGCGUCGUCUGCGGCGUCGGCGCCUCCUGCGACCGCAACACCAACAAGUGUGUCUGUGACCCCUUCUUCGUCGGCAACCCGGACCUCAUCUGCAUGCCGCCCGUGCUGCCGCCGCACUGCGAGCCGGGCUGCGGAGAGAACGCGCACUGCGAGUACGGCGUGGUGAACGUGUGCGUGUGCGACGCGGGCCACGAGGGCAACCCCUACCAGGGCUGCGCGCCGCAGGGCAAGGCGUCGUGCGCCAGCGCCGCCUGCGGCCAGGGCGCCCACUGCCGCCAGGGCCCGCACGGCAUGCAGUGCGCCUGCCCGCCGGGCUUCGCCGGAAACCCCUACAUCCUCUGCCAAGACGUGGACGAGUGCAGCAGCGCGGGAGCGUGUGGCGCCCACGCGGUGUGCAUCAACACGGCGGGCGGCUACGACUGCCGCUGCCAGGAGGGCUACGCCGGCAACCCGUUCGCCGUGUGCCUGCGCGUGCGGCCGGGGCCCUGCACGGACCCCGCCACCUGCAAGUGCGGCCGCGACGUGCCCUGCCCGCCAGGGUUCUCCUGCGAGAAGGGCAAGUGCCGCGACCUGUGCGCUGGAGUGAAGUGCGGCUCCAUGGCCACCUGCGACUCCGGGAAGUGCAUCUGCCCUGCGGGAUACAACCUGGACGCCAGCAGCAAAGCCUGCAAGCCGCUCGGCCACUGUAACAACGACCUGGACUGUGCCUCUUCAGAGAUAUGCUUCCAUUUCCUUGGUGGCUCUAGCGGCGUGCGCAAGUGCGUGGACGCGUGCAGCAAGGCUCAGUGCGGGCCGAACGCGCUGUGCGUGUCCGAGCAGCACCGUUCGUCGUGCAUCUGCGCGGAGGGCACGAGCGGCGACCCGAGCGACCUGGUGCUGGGCUGCCGGCCCGAGGAUGAGGGCCAGCCGAAGCGCGGCUGCCUCAGCGACGCCGACUGCCCGCCGGGGCUCGCCUGCACGCUGGGCCUCGACGCCAGCCGAGCCUGCGUCGACCCCUGCCUCAGCGUCGCCUGCGCCAUCAACGAGGUGUGCCGGCUGGACGCGCAGCACGGCCCCGUGUGCCACUGCCGCGACGGCUUCGUUUGGAACCCGGUGUCGUCGGCGUGCGAGAAGCCGUCGCUGCCCGACUGCGCGAGCGACGGCGACUGCGGCGCGGCGGCGGCUUGCCGGCCCGACGCGCUGGGCGUGCUGCGUUGCGCCGACGCGUGCGCCGCGCUCUCCUGCCCGCCGCACAGCCAGUGCGAGGCGCGCGACCACCGCGCCACCUGCCGCUGCCUGCCCGGCUACACCGGCAACCCGGCCGACCGCGCCGGCUGCGUGCCCGCCUCCAGGAACUCCUGCACCAGCGACGCCAACUGCGCCGAGGCCGAGGUGUGCCGAAUGGACGCGCAGACGAACUCGUUCUCGUGCCGGCCGGCGUGCCAGGCGGUGCGUUGCGGGCCCGGCGCCGUGUGCGCGGCGCAGAACCACGUGGCGCAGUGCCGCUGCCCGCCGGGGCCGUACGCGGGAGACCCGUACGACGCGGCGGCCGGCUGCCGCACCGUGCCCUGCGUCUACAACAUCGACUGCCCGCCCAGCCAGCUGUGCGACCGCCUCUCACACACCUGCAUGGACGUCUGCCACGAGGACUCGUGCGGCACCGACGCCGUCUGCGUCGCCGAGGACCACAAGGCCGUCUGCCAGUGCCCACCGGGAUACAGGGGGAAUCCAGAGAUCGAGUGCACGCCGGGAGCAGUGUGCCAGCCGAGCCCGUGCCACCCGAGCGCGACGUGCGAAGCGGCGCCGGGCGGCGACGGGCACGUGUGCCGCUGCCCGGCCGGACAGGUGGGCGACCCGUACACGACGGGCUGCCGGCCCGAGGGCCGCUGCCCUGCCGGAGACCGCGACUGCCCGCCCAGCGCCGCCUGCCAGGGCGGUCGCUGCAUCAACCCCUGCGAGGCCGGCCGGCCGUGCGGGCCCAACGCGCUCUGCGAGGUGCGCGCUCACCGGCCCGUCUGCUCCUGCCCCGCCAAGUUCCAGCCGGGGCCCUACGGCGUCUCCGGCGGCUGCAUCCGCUCUCCCGCGCCCUGCAACAGCGACCAGGACUGUCUCGGCGACAUCUGCCACGGAGGACAAUGCAAAGUUGCCUGCAGAAACUCUGACGACUGCUCGAAUGGUGAGAAAUGCGUACUCAGCCUGUGCGUGCUACCGUGCGUGGGCCACACGCAGUGUCCUCAAGGUCUUGCUUGCACCAAUGGCUCUUGUCUUCUCGGCUGCCGCUCAAGCAAAGAGUGUCCCAGCAACCAGGCUUGCAUCAACGCUAAAUGUCAAGACCCGUGCCUGCGCGAGGGCGCGUGCGGGCCGAACGCGGAGUGCCGGUGCGUGGACCACGCGACGGAGUGCCGGUGCCCGGCGGGCUUCGCGGGCAGCCCGGCGCCCCAGCAGGGCUGCGUGCGCCAGCCGGCCGCGUGCCACGCGCCCGGCGACUGCCCCGCGCCCGGCUACGCCUGCUCGCCCGCCGGCCUCUGCGUGUGGCCGUGCGACCGCGGCUGCGCGCUCGGCGAGCGCUGCGGCGAGCUGGGACACUGCGUGCGCGUCUGCCACGCCGCCAGCAACUGCCUGCCCGCCGAGAUCUGCGACGAGGGCGUCUGCCGGCCAGGCUGCGCCACCGACCAGGACUGCUCACUCGGACAAGUCUGCCUCCGCGGAAAGUGCAGGUGCGGCGUGGGCUUCACGUCGGGCCCGGCCGGCGGCUGCGUGGACGUGGACGAGUGCGAGGAUGCGCCGUGCCACCACAGCGCCGAGUGCGUCAACACGGCGGGCUCGUUCCGCUGCCAGUGCCCGGCCGGCAGCGUGGGCGACCCCUUCCUCGAGCCCGGCUGCCGCGCGCCCGGCUCCUGCGACGACAGCGCCGACUGCGCCGACAACCUGGCGUGCCAGGCCGGCCGCUGCUCCGACCCCUGCGCCGCCGCCCCCUGCGGGCCGUCCGCGCUCUGCAACGUGUUCGACCACGCCGCCGUCUGCAGCUGCCCGCCGGGGCACCUCGGCGACCCCACCGACUCUGACGUCGGCUGCUUCAAGGUCGAGUGCACCACCAGCGAGGACUGCGCCCGUGACAAGACCUGCGACCAGCGCAGCUACAAGUGUAUCGAUCCGUGCGACCAAGUCAAUUGCGGCAGAGGAUCUUGCAAAGUUCAAAACCACGAAGCCACGUGUUCCUGCUUUGAGGGCUACACCCUGCUCAACGGAAAGUGCGCCGACGUCGACGAGUGCGCCUCGAGCCCGUGCCACAGCACAGCCGUGUGCCGGAACGCGCCGGGCAGCUUCUCGUGCGAGUGCGCGGACGGGCUGGUGGGCGACCCGGUGCGCGGCGGCUGCCGCAAGCCCGGCGAGUGCCUCGGCGACGCCGACUGCCCCAGCAGCGCCGCCUGCGUCGACAACCGCUGCCGCAGCCCGUGCGAGGCGGCCGCGCCCGUCUGCGGCGCCAACGCCGAGUGCCUCGUGCAGGACCACCUGCCGCUCUGCCGCUGCCCCCAGCAGACCAGGGGCGACCCCAAGGUGGAGUGCGUGAAGCUGGAGUGCUCCGAGAACGCCGACUGCCCGGCGUCCCGCGCUUGUGUGGACUCUCGCUGCGUGGACCCCUGCUCGGUGGCGAGCGUGUGCGGCGCGCAGGCCGACUGCGUGGCCGACAACCACGCGGGUGUCUGCUCGUGCCGGCCCGGCACCACCGGCGACCCGCGCCUCGGCUGCGUCGACCUCCAGUACUGCGCCAGCGACGCCCAGUGCGCCGCCGGCGCCGCCUGCAACAACGGACUCUGCAAGUCACAAUGUACUUCGGCCCGCGAAUGCCUCACGGACCAGCUGUGUAUACAAGGUGUGUGCCAGCCCACAUGUAAGGCCAACUCCGACUGCCCGGAGAAACAACUGUGCCAGAACAGCAUCUGCAUACAAGAGGUGCGCUGCCGAGCUGACAGCGACUGCGCGGACAACGAGAAGUGUAUGGAGAACGCCCUCGGACAGGCGGAGUGCCGCGACGCGUGCGACGGCUCGGCGGCGUGCGGGCGCAACGCGCAGUGCGUGUCGCAGCGCCACCGGCCCGUGUGCUCGUGCCUGGCGGGCUUCCGCGGAGACCCGCUGGCCGGCUGCCGGCCCGAGGAGUGCCAGGCGGACGCCGACUGCCCGCCCGACCGCCGCUGCGACGACUACUCCUGCAGACCCGCCUGCGCGCCGCCCGCAGCCUCCUGCGGCUCCAACGCGCUCUGCUCCGCCGAGAACCACCGACCCGUGUGCCACUGCCAGCCGGGCUUCACGGGCGACGCGUCGCGCGGCUGCGAGCCGGUGGACGCGUGCGCGAGCUCGCCCUGCGGGCCGGGCGCGCUGUGCGAGAACGCGCGCGGCUCGUUCCGCUGCUCGUGCCCGCCGGGCACGGUGGGCGACGCCGCCCGCGAGGGCUGCCGCGCGCCCGUCGAGUGCCAGGUCGACGACGACUGCCCCGCCGCCACGCAGUGCUCCACCGUCACCGGAGUGCCCAAGUGCAGAGACGUGUGCGAGAGCACGCUGUGCGGCCAGAACGCGGAGUGCGUGGCCUCCGGGCACGCGGCGUCGUGCCGCUGCCGCGACGGCUACGAGGGCGACGCCAACGACCAGCGCGUCGGCUGCCGGCCGCGGCCGCUGCCCUGCCAGAGCAGCGCCGAGUGUCCCGCCAGCACCUACUGCUACGGACACAUCUGCAAGCCACUGUGCCAGUCGGACGGCGAGUGCAACCUAACGGAGAACUGCGUGAACGGCCAGUGCGUGAACCCAUGCGAAGCUCGGGGUGCGUGCGGCAUGAACGCCGAGUGCCGCGUGCUCAACCACGGCAAGCAGUGCAGCUGCCCGCCGGGCUUCACUGGAAACCAGGCCGUCGAGUGCGUCAGGAUACCUGUAUCGUGCGAAUCGAACAAGGACUGCUCUGAAGGCAACACGUGUAGAGACAGCAUGUGCCUACCAGUGUGCAGCGCCGACACCGACUGCGCCCUCAAUGAGAAGUGCCUCAAGGGCAACUGCAUGCUGACGUGCCGCGUCCACAACGACUGCUUCUUGGGCCACAUCUGCCUGAACAACAUGUGCAUAUUCGGCUGCAAGUCUGACGAGGACUGCUCGGCCAGCGAGCAGUGCAUGGGCGGCCGCUGCGUCGAUCCGUGCGCCUCCAAGCCGUGCGGACCCAACGCCAUCUGCUCCACGUCCAAUCAGCGGGCCGUGUGCUCGUGCCCGCAGGGGCUUGUGCCCAGCCCAACAGCACAGGUGGCGUGCGUGCGCGCGCCCGCGGCGCCGUGCCUGGAGAGCCGCGGCUGUGCGCCCGGGCUGACGUGCCUGUCGGGUGCCUGCCGGCCGCUGUGCGCCGCGGACGGCGGUUGCCUGGGCAACGAGCGCUGCGACGCCCGCGCCGGCGUCUGCCGGCCCGCCUGCAGCCGCGACGACGCCUGCCGCCGCGGCGAGGUCUGCGAGGGGCUCGUCUGCGUCGCCGGCUGCCGCUCCGACUCCGGCUGCCCCUCCAGCGCCGCCUGCGUCAACGGACAGUGCCAAGACCUGUGCGCGUCGCCGACGGCUUGCGGUACAAACGCAGUGUGCUCCAUGUCGAACCACGGCAAGCAGUGUGAGUGUCCGGAGCCUCUCGUGGGAGACCCGAACGUGAGCUGCCGCCAGCCCACCACCACGUGCCAGACGGAAGCAGACUGUUCCGACGGGCAAACGUGCUACGUCGGUAUAUGCCACACCACCUGCAGAAAUGACUUGUCCUGCCUAUCUGAUGAACGGUGUGUCGGAGGGCUGUGUAAAACAGUGUGCAACAGUGACGCUGCUUGCGGGGCCGGACAGAUCUGUGAAAACCGACUGUGCGUCGUGGGCUGCCGAAGUGACAACGUUUGUUCCGAUAAUCAGGCGUGCGUCGACAACAAGUGUAUCAACCCGUGUGACGCGCCCAACGCGUGCGGCGCGUGCGCGGAGUGCCGCGUGUCGAAGCACGGCAUGCAGUGCUCGUGCCCGGCCGGCUUCGCGGGCGACCCGCUGUCCGCGUGCUCCAAGCCGGCGGCGCGCUGCCCCGCGCCCGGCUGCGACCCCGCCGACUGCGACGAGGGCGGCUUUUGCGCGCAGCCCUGCUCUGACGACGCCGCCUGCGCCUGCGGAGAGACCUGCGUGCAGGGCCGCUGCCGCUCCCGCUGCGGCCCGGCCGGCGCCUGCCCACAGGGCCAGGUGUGCAGCGACAGCGGGGCGUGCGUGCCCGGCUGCCUGUCGCACGCGGACUGCCCGCAGGACCGCGCGUGCUCGGGCGGCCAGUGCCGCGACCCGUGCGGGCCGUCGGCGUGCGGUACGGGCGCGCAGUGCCGCGCCGCCGACCACCGCGCCGUCUGCCUGUGCCCGCCCGGCCACCGCGGCGAGCCCAGCAAGGCCUGCUUGCCCGCCGGACAGUGCUCCGCCGACGCCGACUGCCCGCCCGACCAGCUCUGCUCGCCCGCCGACGGCGCCUGCCGCAACCCGUGUCUGCAGGCCGACGCCUGCGGGACCAACGCACAGUGCCGCGUCGCCGACCGCAGGGCCGUCUGCUCGUGCCCACCUGGAUACUACGGAAACCCUAAGCUCGAAUGCAAGCAAGGCGGCGGCGACUGCGUGCGCAACCCGUGCGGCGAGAACGCGCGCUGCCGCGACGUGGCGGGCGGCUACGAGUGCUCCUGCCCGCCCGGCUGCACCGGCGACCCGCACCGCGGCUGCCUCUGCGAGGACGGCCUCAAGAACGCCUGCGCCGGACACCGCUGCGGAGCCAACGCCCUCUGCAGGGUCACCGCCUCUGGGGGGCCCGAGUGCUACUGCCCUGCCAACUUCCCGGUCGGAAACCCCGAGCGUGAAUGCGUGUCGGACCGCUCCGGCGUGGACUGCCGCACGCGCGGCUGCGGCUCCGGCGCGGAGUGCAUCCGCGACGGCACAGCCUUCGUCUGCCGCUGCCCGCCCGGGACGACGGGCCGCCCCGAGGUCGGCUGCCGCAAAGAGAACACCUGUGCGAGUGACGUAGACUGUCCAAGUGAGAAGGCUUGUGUGAGCGGCGAGUGUGCCGACCCGUGCUCGUUGCGGGGCGCGUGCGGCCGCGGCGCGCUCUGCCGGCCCCUGAUGCACCGCGCGCGCUGCUCGUGCCCGCAGUGCCACGUGGGGUCGCCGCACGUGCAGUGCGUGCGCGACCCGGACCCGCGCUGCGGGCUCGAGCAGCAGCCGCGGCCGGGCGGGGGCCCGUGCGCGGCGGACGCGGACUGCGGGCCGGCGGCGGCCUGCGUCCGCGGCCGCUGCGCCGACCCCUGCGUGCGCCCCUGCGAGCCGGGCAAGCGCUGCGAGGUGCGCGCGCACCGGCCCGUCUGCGUCUGCGCCGCCGGCUUCGUGCUGAGCGACGCGGGCGAGCUCGCGUGCGCCUCGGGGCCGCCCGCCUGCGCCUCCGACGCCGACUGCGCCUCCAACCGCGCCUGCGCCGCCGGCCGCUGCGUCGACCCCUGCUCGGCGCUGCCGCCGCCCUGCCGCGAGCCCGACCAGGCGUGCGACGUGCUCGACCACCGGCCCGUCUGCAUCUGCGUGCGCCGCUGCAACCCCGCGCUCUCCAUCUGCUUGCGCGACGCGGGGUGCCCGGCGCACCUCGCCUGCCGCAACUUCCGCUGCGUGGACCCGUGCGAGGGCGCGGGCUGCGCGCCCGGCGCGCCUUGCCGAGUCGAGGACCACACGCCCGUCUGCAAGUUCUGUCCCGCAGGAUUUGUCCCUGACGCGAAAUACGGAUGCCUCAAAGGUGUCAGCACAAGCACGAGGGCACCGGUUCAGUGCACGUUGGAUGACGAGUGCACAGGUGCGCUGGCGUGCAUUAGAGGAGAAUGCGUAGAUCCUUGCACCAACAAGUGUGGUCUGAGCGCUCGGUGUAGGGUGGAGGCCCACCGGCCAGUGUGUUUCUGCCCCGUGGGCUACCGGGGGCACGCGGCCGUUCGCUGCACGCCCGCCGAUAGCCCUCCGGCUCUCUCGACAUCUCAGGCUGCUCCUACAGUAUCCAUUCACGGCUCUUCUCUACCUACAGAUACAACUUCGGGGACAACUGUAACAUAUAAACUGGCAACAGACAAUCCCACAAUACAAACAGAUAACCUACACACCACAUUAGAGGCCCUAAGGACAGUAGAUAUUCUUACCGAUACUACAACGAAUGCCGAAACAACUACGUAUUCGUCGGUUCCUCAAGUCAGUGCAAGACAUCCUGCAACAGGAAAUGAGAUACCUUACGAAACUUCGACAAACGAGGCUCGAAUGACAGAAGCAGCUACGUCCUCUGACUCGCAGGAAACAUUGCAGGGGCAUACGACGAUUACAACUGAGCCGUCGCCCGCCGUAACAAACGAAUCAGAAACGACACUGGACUUUUCUUUUGAUUUGGAGGUCACGCCCUUUAAUGAACCUGUCAAGUUAUUCUCUAGCGACGAGCUGACUUCGGCUCCCGACACAACAGAAUCAGCCCCAAAAGUGGGUGACAAAGCCACUACUACUCAGAUUACUCCAAUCACAAAAGAUAUCCUGUCUGGUGGCACAUACAAGACUGACAGUCAGGAAUUUGUUACUUCUUUCACGUACUCCUCCCGCAGACUGCCACACACAGAAGAAACAACACAAUCAUACACGACAGUAACGGAGAUUGUUUAUCGGAGUACAGUGACGUCUGAUAUACGCGAGGCAAGCGAACAAGGAAAUUCUGACACAUCAGUCAAUACAUUGUUCAGCACCCUGACAGAAGAAACAAAUACUGAAAGUAUGAUGACAUCAAAUGAAGCACCUCAUACCACAUUACCUAGCUCUACCAAGCUACACUCUGAAAAGAAGGAAUAUCAAACCACUGGAUCGUACUACAGCUAUUACGGGCCAUCUGGUGAACAGAUCGAAACGACAUUAACUCCAUACGAUAUUCCUGUGACGGCUGUUUCUCACGUCAGUAAAGGACAAACAUCUACACCACGCUUGACAAAACCAGAAACUUCGACAGAAAAAUAUUAUAGUGAUUACAAAGGAAUCACAAGCAGACAAGAUGUCACGCUUCCCGUAAAUUAUCAAGGAUCGUCAGCAGAAAGCGUUACUGAUCAGCGAGUACAUGAAACGACAUCUGCAAACUAUCAUCAGUUAGUCACAAAAAACGACCAUUCGUAUGUUCCUGAAGCAAAAACGGGAACUGGGAUUACGACCCACGCUAUUUCACUGACUACGACAGAGGUCGAACAUUUCACCUCGGAGAGGGCUACAGGUUCACCAUUAUCGGUCAGUAGUGCACACGCUACUGUAGGUGGUGCAGAUGGGACUCAAGAGAGUUCCACAGCACGCUUUCCAUCAAGCAAUGUGGUUCUCAAUGAAAUUUCUACAGACCAUAAUAUAGGAAAAGACACAUCUUCGGUGCCACCGUGGACAAGUAGUGCUGCCACUUCGGAAACUUCUACAGUAUUAGAAACAAUAACAGUAACACCAGAGUUCACCGAGACGGCUGAAACAAAUACACCAGUCAAAGAAAAGCCAUACAGCAUUUUAGUCGAUAAUUAUUCAUCCACUGCCACAGAAAACACGAAGUCACCACAGUAUGGAAGUACCGUUCCGACCGUGGAAAACCCUGAGUAUGACUUCCAUACAACCCAGAACAUCCAAGUACACGUCAACACAGAAGCGACAGAAUACGGUCCUGCUUACGAAACAGAUAGCAAUGGAGUGGAAGAUACGACAAUAACGGCGGAAAGUGCCACCGAAGGCCGCGUGAUAAUCGUAACGCCAGUGCACGGACGUGACAGAGGACCAGUCGUUACAGUGACCCCUGUGAACUAUACACCACGUGAACAAGUGUACACCGUGACUCCUCUUCACAAUACUGAUAGUGCUGAAAGCACAAACCCGACAGAAAAAGAGAACACUGUGCAAAUGGCUACUGAUGGCUUCACUGAAACUCAAGGCACAGUGCCACAAACGAAUUUUGGUUCAACUGAAAAUAUCACAAAGCAAAAAAAUGAAAAUGAGGAAUUAUUUCCUGCGCAACAUACUGUAUCUCCAAAGGGCGGCAUCACCAGCACUGACGAUAUCCUAUCGACGGAAAAUGUAGCUGAUAAUUCAACUAAUACUGAACGAGUAUACUCGUUUACUCAAGUUAGUGAAGUAACAGCUUUACAACAGGACAAUUUGUUGCAAAAAGAACACAAGAAUGGCCUAGUACCUCAGAAAACAUACAGAAUAACAGACACAGACGACAUACUGGAUACAACAUACAAGGACACAGACAUGCAGACAGAAAAAAUGUUUGGCAAUAACGAAAAAAAGAUACACACCUCAAUGCCGACGGUCAUAAAGCAUGACAUAGUUAGUAGUACUACCCCAAAAGAAAGUCCUCCAAUAGGAGAGGCUACACAUUUCCAGCAAGGGACGACCGAAAGCAGUGUAAUGUCUACAAGAAUUGGUGAAAACCCCACCUUCCCGACAGAAAGGUGGGCACAGAAUCCAAAUUUUCCUCUAGGACAUAGACAUCAUGGCCAGGAAACAGCAGAACAGGACGAAGAAAUCACGACUGUCGAUGAGAAACGCAGUAAAGCUGAAGAAAUAAGUACGGAACUUACCAACAGUAGCAGCGAGCUUAUUUUUGAAACUAAUGAUCGCGAUAGAACACAGGUAACGACAAAAAUUGUACCAGUUUAUGCUCAGACAGUUUACACUGCGUCACCAGAAACUGAUGAAGAAAUAACGGAAGCAGAAACAAGUACUUCUUCCGAAACGUUGACAUCCUACACUCUUGUUACAACAGACAACUUCACCUCAACAUCGCAGGAACAUACAUCUGUUUCACAAGACAAGAAAACUUAUGGGCCACCGCAAAUAGAUGAGAAGUCUGUAACAACUCCUUCAGCUACAAAGGAGAUCAGGUUACCACAAGUCAAUAACAAACCUAAGGAUCAACUUCCGCAGGUCAACCACUCUACUACCAUAGGUGUUAUUGUCGAAGAAAGUACCGAACGAAUAUCAGACCAAUCUCCCGAGAUUAUAACAUCGGCAAUAAACACACCAGCUUCCAAUGAGAGAACAGUAGAUGCAAUGAUAACAGAGAAUCACUUAGAAGAGAAGAGUUCUACGCAAAAUAUUAAACGUACUGAAAACUACACAAGAGUGUCUGUACCAAAAGUAACUAUUACUUAUGAUGGAAUUACAAAAGAAACACAUGAAAAUCCAUACUCACAGGUCUCAGUAAUAACAGACACGGCAUCUGCAACUACAACAGAAUACGUCGCAUUACCCUACGAUACCAAAACAACGAUUCCUGAAUCAACAACAAAUAAAAUUUCAGAUGCAGAUGUAACCAGUGUGAUUUCGACUCGGCAGGAUCAAAACAUAAAAACUACUCCCACGAAAGCGGAAACUUGGCGCAAUGAUUUAGAGGAAAGGACUUCUACAGAGUUUGUUUCCGACAUCAUUGAUUACACAAACGGCUUUACACCUGCAAUGAAGCACUCAUCGGAUACAAACAAAUGGGUAGUCCAAGAAGAAACUACCUUUGAAUCAGUAACACUAGAUUUCUCUCAACCUACGGAAUUUACUCAUACGUCAUCAGGUACCUCCGGCGAUUACACAAAUGAAGAGUUACCUCGUGAGACGUCGGAAGACAAUGGAACAUUUAGCGAUGGAAAUCCUACAACAGGUGAUGACAGACAAUCUGGAAGCGGAAACAAGUCUCACGUCUUUAUAGAAGACGACAUAAAAAUUACGCAGCCAAACAUAAAAACAACUGUACCAUUCGAUUCGUCGUCCAGUAACACCAAAAACGUACGCACGUCCUUUCCUCCACUUCCAAGUACAACUGAAAUUUACGAUAAUGUAUCACAGGUUCCGAAAGUCAAAUUUCCUCCGGAACGUGACACAUUAAAAGCUACUGCAACACACAAAACUCCAAGCAUCUCCUUGCCAACGACAAUUAAAAUUUCUCAGAACACUGAUGCUGCCGUUUCGUUGGCAGAGAGCACAGAGAAAAUUUCAACACAAAUUUUCGUACCGUUUCAGCCAUCGACGAACCCACAAAAACAAUAUGAAAUUAAAGCAUAUUCGCAUCUUACGGAGAAAACGGUAUUUACUGAUACAACUCGGUACACGGAUGUUGUUUCGUUGGCAGGAAACACGGAGAAAAUUUCAACGCAAGUUUUUGUACCGUUUCAGCCAUCAUCGACCCCGCAAAAACAAUAUGAAAUAACUUCAGAUUCUCAUGUUAAACAGAAACCGGUGCUUCCUGAUUCAGUCCCCCAAUCCACAGAAUACUGGAUUGAUGUAAAUACUGUUGCAGAUAGGAUGAAGUCUUCUUACACAAAUCCUGCACCACAAUAUCCGGAUCAUUCUUCCAAAACGCAUCAAACGCAUCACAUCACAGCAAAGGUAAAACUAAAUACUGACAGCCCAUUCCGCGAAAGCGUUGGUGUAACAGAGUCUGAAAGGAGAGGUUCCAGUACGCAUGAUGAAAAUACGACAGAUCUUCAACAUACAACAAAAUCGAGCGAAAGCUUUGAACCGUUGGAUGAAGCGGCUACGGGCCAAUUGCCACGAGUAACGACAGAAGCAAAUCUAGCUCCAUUUCCUACAUCUCCGCGUGACAAAGAUAUUGCAACAAACACAAACAACUUCCAAGCCACAGAAAACUUGUUGCCACAUACAACGGAAAGAAACGAUCUACCCACAGAUUUUGAACGAGCAAAGGAGGAAAAAACUAUACAGACUGCAACAACUACAAACCAAGCAGAGGAGUCUUCCAAUUUCACAGCAGAGACAACUGAUCAGACUCUCGGAACUGUAAGAGAAGCUAUAGUACGAACGGAACCCAAGGAGAUUUCCACUGCGCCGGAAAUAUUUACAAACGAUCAUACCCAAUCGCUUGUUUCCAUUAGCACGUCACAACUCAACCAAGAACUCUCUAAUUGGGGAGACAUGAUCGAAGUACCAACAAAGGAUUCCAUUCAACAUGAAUUUCCCUCUACUGUAAAAAUAAUUUGCUCCAACUCCCUGGGAAAUGUUAACUGCGUAACAUCAAAGUCACCAGAUACUACAGAAAUCAUUACAGAAAGGGCAGAAGGCGAAACGAUACAGCCAGGGAAGGCAUACACGUAUCCUGGUUUCCUAGGGACAACCAAAAAUUUUGUACACGGUUCGUCGGUGGGAACAGAAGACACUGGCACGAUUACCACAAAAUAUGAUCAUGGCCCAGUAACUACACCAAUUGCUGAAGAAGAUGGAAAGAACAAUUAUUACACCACCACAGGGCAGAGGAUUACGUCGACUAUCAGCAUUCACUUUGAUGGCGAGGGAUCAACCGAUACAAAUAACAAAGUGACUCUAAAGUCUGAAAUGCAGCCCUCAGUAACAAAUCAGUAUGAGUCCAAAUCAUCAAAUAAUGAACCGUUCGGUUACGAACAAACAACAGGGUUUAUGAUCAAAAUACCUACAGUAACCAUGGAACCUUCAUCAUUUAUACCUCAUUCUACAAAUAUUCUUCCCACUAGUACUCCCCACAUAGAGCAACAUCUAAAGGUUGUAACAAAAUAUCAUACAAACGAAAAUCAACAGUCAACAAAACAACACAUGUUUACGAGUCAGACCUCCGCAGAAAAAACAUUCGGACCUGCUAUAGGGGAAACACUUCCUUCACAGAGUACAGUCGCUAAUCAGAGAAACGAACCGCUUACUCGCACUGGUUAUGACCACAUGACAGUUACAGACAGCAUCCAAGAUGUUUCAACCAUAAGGCAACAAGAACUGUCAAACAUGAUCCCAACCACACAAGAAAUCAAUACCCCAAGGAGAACAACAGAAAGUAAUGGGCAUUUCCAGCACACUGAGAAUGUCUACAUUAGCUCAGAUCAACAAGUGACAGGCAAUACAGCUGAAAGUACGUUACCCACAGACGUGACAGAUUACAAAAUAGUGCUUAAGGUGUCUCCUUCCGCCACCACAAAUACUGAAAUGUCAGGAUUACAGUACACACAGCCUGAUACUGAGGAAUAUUCCCCUGGUUCUACAAGAGACACUUCCCAAAUCUUUAAACCUGCGAGUACAAUAUUAAACGAGCAAACAGUGAACACCCCAAAUGGAAAUACAGAAGUAAACAAUGUAUCAGUAAUGCAGCUUGUGACUGAUAAGACUUCUGAAAGUCACGAAACAAAACUAUGGUCUGUAACCAGACAGCAGUCAGAAAAUUCCAGUGAUGUUGGAAUGUCAAAAGGAAAUACAACAGAUUCUACAACAGUGACAAAUGUACAACAAACAGUAUUUCUGCCAACAGAUAGAUCAAACGAAUGGACUGUGUCCAGUGAUGAAGGGCAAAUUUCAAGAACACAUACCACUAGCUAUGGAGAAUUGUUAAUACAUUACAAAACAGAACCUACUCUUGAAUAUGAAAGAACUACUGCUGAAAUUUCAGAUAAACAGUUCUCACAACCAAAAGGAACAGAGAGAACAGUAAUGACAAAUAAGGUAAAGACAACAUUAUCAUCAUUACAUGAGUAUGACACAGAAGGAAUGGACUACAGUACCACAGAGACAAACGAAAUUAUUGUUACAAGUGAAGGACAUGAUGCAAAGAACCACCAGCAGCAAACUUCUUACAACAUUCUUACUACAAAAAAUAUUGAAAAGUCACAAACAGCAGGUAUCACUGGAGAUACAGAACAAGUGACUUCAGUACCUAUCAUUCAGGCCGGAGGAUCGCAGGAUGGAAAAUACUCUAAUAAAGUAAAUGCACAAACUCUUACAAAUGUCACAGAAAUAAUUACGCAGCAACAUACUGAGAUUGCCAAGCAUACUUCACAGCCUCGUCAGACGUUAGUAACAGACUCAACGACAAAGCAGACACUGGCAGAAUACAGCCCAAAAACUAACUUAAGAACUCAAGCUGUUACGAUGCAAACUACUACAACACUGGAACACACUAAACAACUGAACAGAACCAUUUUUGAGUAUUCAGAAACUACUGAACCUCAGCCAACACAGCUCAUAACAGGAAACACCCACACACUGGACUACACAAUGGGAAUCACUCUCGAACACACAGAGAGCAUCCCACCUCAGACAGAAUCUCCAUUGUGCUUCUCUAAUACUGACUGUCCAGGUAACAUGUCAUGCAUCAAUGCAAGUUGUAAGAACCCCUGUUCCAUCAAUAGUCCUUGUAGAAAUGGCGCAGCCUGUGUUGUCAGAAACCAUUAUCCAGUGUGCCUUUGUCCAUCACAUGAGAACCAGACCACAGCCACUGUUGAAUGUAGAACACUGCCAGGUAAACACAACACUGCACAACGUCCCUCUGAAACACUUCCUUUACCUUAUGAGAGCUCCAUCUCAUUCAAUCUCCUAAUACUCUGUGCAACAAUCAAUCUAUUUAUUGGCUGCAUCAACAACAAUCAGUGCCCUGCUCAAUUUGCAUGCAUCAAAGGCAAAUGUCAGAAUCCAUGCACUGUCUCCAAUCCAUGCAGCACUCAACAUGAUUGUGAAGUACGUGAUCAUCAACCUGUCUGCAUAAAAGUUUGUUCCUGCCAAAAAUCGAGUGACUGCAGAUCUGGUCUCAUAUGUGAUGGCUGCAACUGUGUUUCUACAAGUACCGAACCAAAUGUGGUACCAUCUGGUUGUGAACACUGCCCACCUGGCAUGUUAUGCAAUCCAACAACUGGUGCUUGCUACAAAGUAACCGACGACCAGGAAAGUGGCACAUCUAUCACUACACAGCCAAGCCCGGGCAUUGUGGAAAAAGGAAUUGAGACAGUAACCCCGACAAUGACAGAAAUAGGUGAAACAACCAAACUAAACACUGAAGGAACUGCACAAACAAACACAGUAGUACCGACCAUAUUUAGCAUGGAUGAGGAAAACACGACUAUAGAACCUCCGUCAGAUGUGACUUUAUCUGAUAAUAAAGUUUCCGACACAGGACCUAAAAUAUUCUCUACAACAGAAAUGGCAAGUACAACAGCAGUAAAUACAGAAAUGUUGCCUACUUCAGGUGACAUUGAGUCAACACCUAAUGAAAUGACAACAAAGGCAGUGUCUGUGGGAGUGACGGAAACGACACAAGGUGUACCUCUUACAGAAUUACUGCCAACAGAAACGGCCACACAGGAAAGUUCAACCAAUGAAGAGGUGGUUACUGUUACAGCUAUUCUGGAGGCACAAGAACCGACAUCUGUUCCUGUUACUAUGCAAACAGAACUUUCUACAUCUGGCCUGGUAACAGAAAUGCAGGAUUUUAGCACAACAAAAUCAAGUAUGGAAACAGAAUCUGUAACCAAACUACCUGUAACACAGAGGGAAAUCAAUUUUGAGACUCCAACAGACUCUGAAUCUCUUAUCACAAAAGUUGCAGAGGUGACUACAGCAGCAAAUGAUGAGAGUUACUUUGAAUCAGUGACAAUUACUACAGAAACUUCCUCUGGGAGGGACUUAAAUUUAACAACAACUUCUAUGGGCGAAGAGGCAAGUUUAACAGAAAUCACAACAGCAGGGACCACAUUAGUGACAACCAGAGAAGACACAACAUCAGGAACCACAGUAGUGACAACCAGAGAAGAAUUGUCAGAACCACUAGUACCAUCUACCACGGACAUAUCAGAACAGGCAAUUACAAGUCCUUCACCAACAGUCACUGAGACAAAAAUUUUAGAUGCCCAAACUGAACCUGCAAAGGAAACCACAGAAAUGAAUUAUAACAACCAAGAAGUUACAACACAACGUGCUAUGAAUCUGAUAACAGAGCCUGAGUUUUCUGAAGGAAGUACAGAGACAGGUACAACACAGCAACCCACAAGAGCCCCAACAACAUUCGAAUACACAAGUACACCUCAGCAAGAGGCAGCAACGGAAGAAUUACCCAGCAGUACUCAGGUAGAAUUCGGAGAACGUAUGACCACUGAAAUAUCGAGACAGGUUUUUGAGACAAGACAACCAGAUGAAAGUAGUACAAUGCGCACAGAAUCACUGGAAAUGACAACUGAAUUAAAUGAUGAAACCACUACUGGCGCAUCAGACACCAAGGUGAAUGAUAUAACUGAUGUGCCAACAGACACAACUCUGCCAACUGCUACAAUUAGUUUCACACAAAAUAUAAAUGACAGUAAUCAAGUUCCAACAACACUUGCUCCUGACAUCACUAUCACAACUGAUAUUUCCAUAAAUACCACUCCAAGCCUAGAAGCUACAACCAAAGAUGAAAAUGCCUUUCCAUCUGAAAUUAGUACUACAACUGCAACACCAGAGGUUUUCACAACAGACAGAAACCUACAAGUGGGCCAGUCUACUCUGCAGAGCACCACACAAGUAACCACAGAAUUCUUUCCAGUAUCAGAGGCCACAACAGAAAAUAUUGUAACUGAAACAGAGAUUUCACCACGUGACAUAGGAACAACAACCACAGAUUAUCAGACUACAAUAAAUAACAUUGCAGAAUCAAGUACUCGUGCACAGAAAAAUGAAGGAACAGAAAAUGACAUACAGACCAGUACCUCAUCUGAAGGUGCUGUUGGCAUAACUACAGAACAAACGCAAACCAUUAAAUUCAGAAUGGAUGAAGUAGUAACUGUGACGCAAGAAACAGAAACCACAACAGAAAGUAGGAUUAAUAUCUUGGAAGAUCAAUCAACAACAAUGGAAGCAUACACAAUUAAUCAGUAUACUGGAAAAGAGGACGAAAGUACAGUAACAACUGAGGCAAGCCCAUCAACAUUUGAAACAACUACAAUGAAUGAACAAACAACACUGCUGCCGGAAGCAACAACUCGGACUACAGCAAGUACAGUUACAGCAGAAGUACAGCCUGACACAGUGACACUCACUACCACAGAGCCCACAGAUGAUUACAAAACAGAAUCAUCAGCAUAUGAGACAACAACACUGCGUAAUGAACUGACAGUAACUGACACAGAAUCCUCUGUAACUGACUUGGAGACAGAAAAUCCAAAUACCACACCUAGUGUAACUGAAUCACCUCUAACAGAAAGUAGUGCAGGAACCACAACAACAGCUGAGAGUAUGCUAGAACUGACAUCAGAAUUUAUGGAAAGUGAGACAGUUACAAGUACAACAGAAACAUCUACUACUCUAACUGACUUUGACAACAGAUUUGAGACUACUACAACUAUUCCAUGUACUGUUGACAAAGACUGUCCUGAGACUGAAGCCUGUCAGGAUGGCCUGUGUCUCAAUCCUUGUGUGGGCACUUGUGGAUCCGGUGCCAUAUGCACAGUCUCAAACCACACCACACUUUGCACUUGCCCAAUCGGGCAUCCUGGAAAUGCAACCGUGGACUGCCAACGAGAACCCACAGGAUCGCCGAAGGCACCCAGCCCCUGUGAAUCUGACAAUGACUGCCUCGACUCGGAGGCAUGCUAUGGGCAGCUGUGCCAAGACCCGUGUGAGUUUUCCAAGGCAUGUGCCCCCACUGCUAAGUGUCAACCAAAGGCACACAGGCCAGUCUGCACUUGCCCCACUGGCUACGAAGGCGAUCCUGCAGUAAAGUGCUUCCUGUCAGAACCAUUGAGUUGUGCAAGUAACGCUGACUGUCCCCUGACUGAAGCUUGCAUUGACCAAAAAUGUCAACGGCCCUGUGAAGUUCGCAAUCCUUGUGCUCAAAAUGCUGUCUGCAUCAACACAAAUCAUGGCACAGAUUGCAGCUGUGCAGAAGGAUAUCAUGGGAAUGGAUAUGUGGGAUGUGUGCCAGUAACAGGACCAAAGAACGUUUGUCAGUACAAUGAGGACUGUCCUCCAGACAAGCUGUGUGACAGGCUGAACAGGGUUUGCAUAAAUCCUUGCUUGGAAGAAGCAUGUGGUGAAAAUGCUGAAUGUGUUCCAACAAAUCAUGCUAUUGACUGCAGAUGCUUAGCUGGCUACUCAGGAAAUCCUUAUGUACAGUGCAACAGAGUUGCAGGCUGCCGCAGUGACAAUGAAUGCCCUGCAAAUGAGGCCUGUGUUAAUGGCAGAUGUGGAAAUCCUUGUCAGUGUGGAAUUAACGCAGUAUGCAACGUUCUGAAACAUAAGCCAGUUUGUAAAUGUUUACAAGGAUAUACAGGAAACCCGGAAGUGGAAUGUAGAGCACCAUCGGAUCCUUGCAAUCCAAACCCUUGUGGCAUAAAUGCUAAGUGCGAGCUUGACAAUGGGAACCCAAUAUGUUACUGUCCUAAGGGAAUGACUGGCAAUCCGUUCAAAAACUGCAUACCAGAGGGCGAGCCGUGCUCGCCGAACCCGUGCGGGCCUAACUCCGGGUGCAGGCGCGUGGCUGGGUCGCCCGUGUGUUUCUGCCUGCCUGAGUUCGAAGGUAGCCCGCCAGCGCGUCCGUGCCGGCCGCCGGCCAGCCCGUGCGAACCGUCACCUUGCGGGCCCAACACGCAGUGCGCCGUGCAGCAGAGCGGCAUCGCACGCUGCACCUGCCUCCCCGGCUUCGUCGAGAGCCCCAACACGGUGCGCGGCUGCGUGCCUCGCCGCUCACACUGCGACCCGUCGCCAUGCGGGCCCGGCGCCGCCUGCGACCCCGACCGCGACCCACCAUGCUACUGCCCCGACAACACCGUGGGGAACCCGUACCGUGGCUGCGCAGAAAAGCAUCGCAGCAAGACGCUGUGUAAGCCCGGUCCGUGCGGCGCAAACGCCGUGUGCUACGUGGUGUCGGGCGGCCGCGAGGAGUGCGACUGCCGACCCGGCUUUUCCGGAGACGCGUACUCGGGUUGCACGGCGCAGCCGCCCAGCCCGUGCGAGCCGAACCCGUGCGGCCCCGGCGCGCGCUGCGAGGUGACCCCCAGCGGGCUGCCCAUGUGCCAGUGCCCCGCCGGGCUCUCGGGAGACCCGACCGGUCCCAAGGGCUGCGGCGGGCCCGAGUGCCGCACCGACGACGACUGCCCACUCACCCUGGCCUGCACCGGCCUGCGCUGCAGGGACCCCUGCCCCGGCUCCUGCGGCGUCGGCGCCUCCUGCCGCGUCGAGAAGCACCACCCCGUCUGCACCUGCCUGCACGGACUCGUCGGCAACCCGCUGCUGCGCUGCUCGCCUCCGCAAGCGUCGCCGUGCGAGCCCAGCCCGUGCGGCGCCAACACCCGCUGCCAGGUGAUGGGCGGGCGCGCCGUUUGCACCUGCCUGGACGGCUUCUUCGGCGACCCGCAGGCCGGCUGCCGGCCCGAGUGCACGCUCAACUCUGACUGCGCGCCCGACAAGGCGUGCCUCGACAUGCGCUGCGUCAACCCGUGCGCCGCGGGCGGCGGCUCGCUCUGCGGCCUGGGUGCCGUCUGCAACGUGCGCGACCACACCGCCGUCUGCGAGUGCCCGCCCGGCUACAUCGGCAGCGCCUUCCUGCAGUGCGUGCCCAGGCGUGAGUACACCUUCUCCUCCUCGACCCUUUCUCCAGCACAUUCUUAUUCAACACACUGCAGUCAUGGAUUACAUUUCACAAAUGGUCGCUGCACUUCGCCGCCGCCAGAGGCGAACCUGACGGCGUGGCGGCCCUGCUCGCCGUCGCCGUGCCUGGCCGGCGAGACGUGCGACGCCGUGUCCGGCGGCGUGGCGGCGUGCCUGCCGUGCCGCGGCCCGCUCUGCCGGCCCGAGUGUCUCACCGACUCGGACUGUCCGUUCGACCGCGCAUGCGUGGGCCGCGCCUGCGUCGACCCCUGCCCCGGCGCCUGCGGCCUGCGCGCCGUCUGCCAGGUCGUCCGCCACCAGCCCAUCUGCAGCUGCCCGCCGCCGCUGCGCGGGAACCCCUUCGAGUACUGCGUACAGCCUGAGAAUGUCGUCGAAGCAUUUCCAACGGACACGUGUGCGACGGUGCGCUGCGGCGCUAACGCCGUGUGCCGCGAACGCGGAGGCGUCGUGGCCUGCGAGUGCGUGGCCGGCUUCGCGGGCGACCCGUACCUGGCGUGCCGCCCCGAGUGCGUCAUCAACUCCGACUGCCCGCGCGACAAGGCGUGCGUCAACAGCAAGUGCGUUGACCCCUGUGUCGGCGCCUGCGGCCUCAACGCCCAGUGCCAGUGCAUCAAUCACGUCGCUGUCUGCUACUGCCCACCGUCAACAUCCGGAGACCCGUUCGUCAACUGCUUCCCGUUCAAGCCUGAGCCGACGCUGCCGCGUCCGACGAACCCGUGCGACCCGUCGCCGUGCGGGCCCAACAGCCGCUGCCUGCCGUCCUCACAGGGCUACGCGGCGUGCUCGUGCCUGCCCGGCUACGUAGGCGCGCCGCCCGUUUGCAAGCCCGAGUGCGUCGUCAGCUCGGACUGCCCGCAGUGGCAGGCGUGCCUCAGCCAGCGCUGCGCCGACCCCUGCCCUGGCACCUGCGGGCUCAACGCGCUCUGCCAAGUCGUCAACCACAACCCCAUCUGCUCCUGCCCGCCCAACUACCAGGGAGACCCCUUCACCAGCUGCCACCCUCCUCUUGUGGAAGGCGAACCGAAGCAGCCGAGCGGCGACCCGUGCAAGCCGACGCCGUGCGGGCCGUACUCUGAGUGCGUGGUGAAGCAGGGCCGGCCCGUGUGCUCGUGCCAGGCCAGCUACCUGGGCAGCCCGCCCUUCUGCCGGCCCGAGUGCGUGCUCAGCCAGGAGUGCCCGCCCUCCAAGGCGUGCAUCAGCGAGCGCUGCCGCGACCCCUGCCAGCAGGUGUGCGGCUCCAACGCCAAGUGCGACGUCGUCAACCACACGCCCUUCUGCUCCUGCCUGCCCGGCUUCGAGGGCGACGCUUUCAUCGGAUGUACGCCUGUGCGAGAGCCUGUGGACAUCCCGAUGGACCCGUGCAUGCCGAACCCGUGCGGCGUAAACGCGCAGUGCUCGUCGCAGAACGGCGCUGCGCGCUGCACGUGUAUCCCGCCCAACAUCGGCGACGCUUACGGCACGGGCUGCCGGCCCGAGUGCAUCAUCAACUCGGACUGCGCGGCGCACCUCGCUUGCGUCAACAAGCACUGCCGCGACCCCUGCCAGGGGCUGUGCGGCGCCGGCGCGCGCUGCGACGUCGUCAACCACGUCGCCGUCUGCAGCUGCCCGCCAGGGCUCAAGGGCGACCCCUUCAGCGCCUGCAGGGUCGAGACCACCACUCCGGUGAUUGUGACCGAUCCGUGCCAACCGUCGCCUUGUGGACCGAACAGCGUGUGCCGCACUGUGUCUGGACACGCGGUGUGCUCCUGCCAGCAGGGCUUCCUGGGAUCACCGCCUUCCUGUAGACCCGAAUGCGUCGUCAGCUCUGAGUGCGCCCAAAACAAAGCGUGUAUCAAUCGCAAGUGCGUCGACCCGUGCCCAGGGACCUGCGGCCUUAACGCACGAUGCCAGGUCAUCAACCACAAUCCAAUAUGCUCCUGUGCGCCUGGGUACACUGGAGAUCCGUUCACCAUCUGCAACGUGGCUAAAGGGCCGGAGAUGGUACCGCAGAACCCGUGUGUGCCGUCACCGUGCGGUCCGAACGCCGAGUGCCGAGUGUCUGGAGAGCGCGCCGUGUGCAGCUGCUCGCCCGGUAUGCUGGGCACACCGCCCUCUUGCCGGCCGGAGUGCGUCAUCCACGAGGACUGCCCCGCCACGCUGGCGUGCGUCCGCGCGCGCUGCCGCGACCCCUGCGCCGGCUCCUGCGGCUUCAACGCUCGCUGCGAGGUGCGCGCGCACCAGCCCGUCUGCUCCUGUCUGCCCGGCUUCGAGGGUGACCCCUUCUCCGGCUGCAACCCCGUACAAGUGGUGGCGGUGGAAGCGCCGCGCCGGCCGUGCCAGCCGUCGCCGUGCGGGCCGAACGCCGAGUGCCGCGAGCGGCGCGGCGCGGGCGCGUGCUCGUGCCGACCCGGCUACCACGGCGACCCUUAUGCGGGCUGCCGGCCCGAGUGCGUGCUGUCGUCAGACUGCCCGCGGCACCUCGCCUGCACCGCCAACCGCUGCCGGGACCCGUGUCCCGGCACGUGCGGCGUGCGCGCCCUCUGCCUCGUCGCCAACCACGUGCCCACCUGUGGCUGCCCCGCCGGCUUCACUGGAGACGCUACCCGAUCAUGUUUUCCGAUACCUGCCAUACAAUAUUCGCCGCCGGCUCCCCGCGACCCGUGCGCGGCCGGGACUUGUGGUCCGCACAGCAAGUGCCGCGUCGUGGACGGGCACGCCGUGUGCAGCUGCAGGCCGGGCUGCGUGAACACGCCGCCCAACUGCCGGCCCGAGUGCGUCGUCAGCGCCGAGUGCGCGCUCAACAGGGCGUGCGUCGCGCAGCGCUGCGUUGAUCCCUGCCCCGGCACCUGCGGCCGCAAUGCGCGUUGCCUUGUCGUCAACCACAGCCCUGUCUGCAGCUGUGCUCCGGGCUACACAGGAGACCCUUUCGUUCGCUGCGUCAGGCCUCAAACCCCUGCCGUGGUGGCGCCUGCGAGCAGUGACCCGUGCGUGCCCUCACCGUGCGGCCCCAGCUCGCAGUGUCGAUCUGUGGGCGGCAGGCCGGCUUGCACGUGCCUGCCCAACUACGUGGGCCGCGCGCCCAACUGCCGCCCCGAGUGCACCAUCGACGGUCAGUGCGCCGCCCACCUGGCUUGCCAGGGCAUGCGCUGCCGGGACCCGUGCCCCGGCUCCUGUGGGCCCUUCGCCGUCUGCAGGGUAGUCAAUCACGGGCCUGUCUGCACGUGCUUACCCGGAUAUAUUGGUGAUCCUUUCUCAGGAUGCACUAUCGCUCCUCCAACUGUCCAUCAAGAGCCAGUGACUCCCUGCAAUCCAUCGCCCUGCGGGGCAAAUGCCGUGUGCAAAGACCGCCACGGCGCAGGCUCUUGCACGUGCCUGCCCGGUUACUUCGGAGACCCUUACACGGGCUGCAGGCCCGAGUGCGUGCUCAACACAGACUGCGACCGUAGCAAGGCGUGCGUCAACAACAAGUGCAGGGACCCGUGUCCCGGCACCUGUGGGCUCAAUGCCGAAUGCCGCGUCGUCAACCACGCGCCUUCUUGCAGCUGUCUUCCUGGCUUUAUAGGCAACCCUCUCAAAAGUUGCCAAGCUAUUUCUGUGACUCCGCCGCCCGCACUGCAAGACCCGUGCCUGCCCUCGCCGUGCGGCGAGUUCGGCGUGUGCCGCGUGUCCGCCGGGCACGCCGUCUGCUCGUGUCAACAAGGCUACAUCGGCGCGCCGCCCACCUGCCGCCCCGAAUGUAUUGUGAGCGCAGACUGUCCUCAGGAUAAGGCCUGUACAAGGCAGAGAUGUGUAGACCCUUGCCCCGGCACGUGCGGGCUCAACGCGCGUUGCCAGGUGGUCAACCACAAUCCCAUCUGCUCCUGUGCUGCAGGACUCACGGGCGACCCGUUUGUGCGCUGCCACAAGGAAGAUAAACCUAUAGUUCGUCCGCCGAGCGGCAAUCCAUGUGUUCCAUCUCCUUGUGGUCCAAACUCACAGUGUCGUGUGGUAGGCACACAGCCUGCGUGCUCAUGCUUGGCCAAUUACAUUGGCCGUCCGCCGAACUGCCGGCCAGAGUGCACGCUGAACGCUGAGUGUCCUAGCAACUUGGCUUGUCAAUCUGAACGCUGCAGGGAUCCUUGCCUAGGUUCUUGUGGACCACACACCACAUGUGUCGUCGUUAAACAUGCGCCAAUAUGCAAAUGCUUGCCAGGCUUUACGGGAGACCCGUUCGCCGGAUGCAUACCAGCACCAACUCAAUCGCCCGUCGAAGCACCACGAAACCCUUGCAACCCGUCGCCUUGUGGUGCCAACGCAGUGUGCAAGGAAAGGCAGGGAGCUGGAUCUUGUGUGUGUCUUCCUGAGUAUUUCGGAGACCCGUACUCAGGAUGCAGGCCAGAGUGUGUCCUUAACACCGACUGUGACCGAAGCAAGGCGUGCGUCAACAACAAGUGCAGGGACCCGUGUCCCGGAACCUGCGGCAUCAAUGCGGAAUGUCGCGUCAUCAACCAUGCGCCUUCUUGCAGCUGUCUUCCAGGCUAUAUUGGAAACCCUCUUAACUCUUGCCAUCUGCCUCCUACUCCAACCGCAGAGCCGCCCCGGGACCCGUGCAAGCCGUCGCCCUGCGGCCCGUUCAGCGUGUGUCGCGUGACGAACGGACACGCCGUCUGCUCGUGCCAGAGCGGCUACGUAGGGGCGCCGCCCACGUGCCGGCCAGAGUGCGUCGUCAGCACAGAGUGCCCGCAGGACAAGGCGUGCGUCAACCAGAAGUGCGUCGACCCCUGCCCCGGCACCUGCGGUCUCAAUGCCCGCUGCCAAGCCGUCAAUCAUAACCCCAUUUGCUCUUGCGCUCCCGGCUACACAGGAGACCCCUUCUCUAGAUGUAUCAAGGAGCAGAAGCCUAUAGCACAGCCGCCUAGUGGCAACCCGUGUGUGCCAUCACCGUGUGGGCCCAAUUCGCAGUGCCGUGUUGUCGGGACGUCCCCUGCAUGUUCUUGCCUGCCAAACUACGUGGGACGGCCACCUAACUGCCGGCCAGAGUGCACACUGAACGAGGAGUGCCCGAGUGCGCUGGCUUGUCAGUCUGAGCGCUGCAGAGACCCUUGUCCAGGCUCGUGCGGAGCGCACACUACUUGUACCGUAGUCAAGCACGCACCUAUAUGCACAUGUCUGCCAGGUUUCACAGGAGACCCAUUUGCCGGCUGCGCAGCUGUACCAUCUCAAGCGCCCGUCGAGACGCCACGAGACCCGUGUAAUCCAUCGCCUUGCGGUGCGAACGCGCUGUGUAAAGAAAGACAAGGCGCUGGCUCGUGUGUCUGCCUUCCCGAGUACUUCGGAGAUCCGUACACGGGAUGCAGGCCCGAGUGCGUGCUCAACACGGAUUGCGAUCGUAGCAAGGCUUGCGUUAACAACAAGUGCAGAGACCCGUGUCCCGGCACUUGCGGGCUCAAUGCUGAAUGCCGCGUCGUCAACCACGCACCUUCUUGCAGCUGUUUACCAGGAUACAUUGGAAACCCUCUAAGUUCUUGCCAUCUCCCUCCGUCUAUACCAAAAGAAGAACCGACGAAGGACCCAUGCAAGCCGUCUCCCUGUGGGCCGUUCAGCGUGUGUCGUGUGACAAAUGGACACGCCGUCUGCUCGUGCCAGAAGGGCUAUAUAGGGGCUCCGCCCGCCUGCAAACCGGAGUGCGUCGUAAGCACAGAAUGUCCGCAGAACAGGGCGUGCGUCAAGCAGAAGUGCACAGACCCCUGCCCUGGUACAUGUGGCAUAAACGCUCGCUGCCAAGUCGUCAACCACAAUCCUCUGUGCUCUUGUGCCCCUGGUUUCACUGGAGAUCCAUUCACUAGGUGUAUUAAGGAAGAAAAACCAGUCGCACAACCGCCGAGCGGGAACCCGUGCGUGCCGUCGCCGUGCGGGCCCAACUCGCAGUGCCGCACCGUGGGCACUCAGCCCGCGUGCUCCUGUCUGCCCAACUACGUGGGGCGUCCGCCCAACUGCCGGCCAGAGUGCACGCGUAACGAGGAAUGCCCCAGCGCCCUCGCUUGCCAGUCGGAGCGCUGCAGGGACCCCUGCCCCGGCUCCUGCGGCGCGCAGACCACGUGCACAGUCGUCAAGCACGCGCCCAUGUGCCUCUGCAGGCCUGGUUUCACCGGCAACCCGUUCAGCGGGUGCUCCCAGAUUAUACAACUACCAACUUCAACGGAAGGCCCACGAGACCCAUGUAAUCCUUCGCCUUGUGGUGCGAACGCCGUAUGCAAAGAGCGCCAGGGCGCGGGCUCUUGCACGUGCCUACCCGAGUACUUUGGAGACCCUUACACGGGCUGCAGGCCCGAGUGCGUGCUCAACACAGACUGCGACCGUAGCAAGGCGUGCGUCAACAACAAGUGCAGGGACCCGUGUCCCGGCACCUGCGGAACCAACGCCGAGUGCCGUGUUGUCAACCACGCGCCUUCCUGUACCUGCCUGCCGGGAUACUCUGGAAAUCCCCUCACUGCAUGCGUACUCAGGGAGCCCACCGUGCAGGAGAAGCCGCGCAACCCGUGCGAGCCGUCGCCGUGCGGGCCCAACAGCGUGUGCCGCGUCACGGACGGACACGCCGUCUGCUCGUGCAGCACCGGCUUCGUGGGCGCGCCGCCCAACUGUCGGCCCGAGUGCCUCGUGAGCUCCGAGUGCCCGCAGAACAGAGCGUGCUCGCGCCAGAAGUGCGUAGACCCGUGCCCCGGCACCUGCGGCAGGGCCGCGCGCUGCCAGGUAGUCAACCACAACCCCAUCUGCUCGUGCCCGCCGGGGUACACUGGAGACCCCUUCUCCCGCUGCGUCAAAGAGCAGCCCGUGACGCCCCCCGCGCCGCCGAGGGACCCUUGCUCGCCGUCGCCGUGCGGACCCAACUCGCAGUGCCGCGCCGUGGGCUCGCAGCCCGCGUGCUCCUGCCUGCCCAACUACGUGGGGCGAGCCCCCAACUGCCGGCCCGAGUGCUCCUCUGACGGCGACUGCCCCGGCAACAGGGCGUGCCGUGACCUGCGCUGCGUCGACCCGUGCCGAGGCGCGUGCGGCUUCCUCGCCAUGUGCGUGGCCGCCAACCACCGCGCCGUCUGCACCUGCCCGCAGGACUACCACGGCGACCCCAACACCAACUGCGUGCUCGCCCCGCCAUCGACGGAGCGCACGCCUGCGUCGACGCCGUGCCAGCCGUCGCCGUGCGGGCCGAACGCCGAGUGCCGCGAGCGCGGCGGCGCCGGCGCGUGCUCGUGCCUGCCCGGCUACCAGGGAGACCCGUACGCCAAGGACGGCGCGCGCGGCUGCCGGCGCGAGUGCGAGGCGUCCAGCGACUGCGCGCCGCAGCUGGCCUGCGUCGCCUACCGCUGCGCCGACCCUUGCCCCAACACCUGCGGGGUCGGAGCCGUCUGCACCGUCGCCAACCACGUACCCGUCUGCAACUGCCCGCCCGACUUCACCGGAGACCCAUUCUUCUCUUGCCGCCGUGUGCAAGUCACCACUCGGCCGACGGUGGUGGACCCGUGCGCGCCCAGCCCGUGCGGGCCGAACGGCGUGUGCCGCGUGGUGAACGAGCAGGCGGUGUGCUCGUGCCUGGCGGGCUACAUCGGUGCCCCGCCCAACUGCCGGCCCGAAUGCGUCGUCAGCUCCGAGUGUCCGGAUGACCGAGCCUGCAUCAACAACAAGUGCGCCGACCCGUGCCCCAACACGUGCGGCGUGGGCGCCCGCUGCAGCGCACGCAACCACAGCCCCAUCUGCGCCUGUCCGCAGGGCACCACCGGGGACCCAUUCUCCAGGUGCACGCGUCUACCGCCAGUGGUGGACCAGCCGGUGACGCCGCGGCCGCCGUCGUGCACGCCGUCGCCGUGCGGGCCGAACGCGCAGUGCCAGAUGGUGGGCGGGGUGCCCGCUUGCUCGUGCCUGCCCGACUACCGCGGCUCGCCGCCCAACUGCCGGCCCGAGUGCGUGCUCAGCUCCGAGUGCCCCAGCCAGCUGGCGUGCGUGCGCCUGCGCUGCCAGGACCCGUGCCCCGGCUCGUGCGGCCACGGCGCCGAGUGCAGGGUCCAGAACCACGUGCCCGUCUGCACUUGCGGGCCGGGACUCACCGGUGACCCCUUCUCGCGGUGCGACCCCAUCCCGGUCACGCCCAGCACCGAGGCCACCGUCACCGACCCGUGCAGUCCGUCGCCUUGCGGUCCUAACGCCAUCUGCAGCGGCCAAGGGGAGUGCACCUGCCUGCCCGACUACCAGGGCAACCCGUACGAGGAGUGCCGGCCGGAGUGCGUGACGAACGGCGAGUGCCCGCGCGACAAGGCGUGCCUGCGCAGCAAGUGCCGCGACCCGUGCGUCGGCACCUGUGGCCAGAACGCGCGCUGCGACGUCGUCAACCACAUCCCCGUCUGCGCCUGCCUCGACGGCUACACCGGCGACCCCUUCACCAACUGCAGAAUCGCCCUCACAGAGAAACCGCCGUCUCAGACUGACCCGUGCAGGCGGUCGCCUUGCGGGCCCAACAGCCAGUGCCGCGCGUCGGACGGUCACGCCGUGUGCUCCUGCCUGUCUGGCUACGUGGGCGCGCCGCCUUCCUGCAGGCCCGAAUGCGUCGUCAGCGCCGAGUGUCCGCAGACUCGCGCCUGCGUCAACAAGAAGUGCACCGACCCCUGCCUAGGUUCCUGCGGCCUGGGAGCGCGCUGCGAGGUCAUCAACCACAGCCCCAUCUGCUCCUGCCGACCUGGCCAGACUGGCGAUCCGUUCCGAAGCUGCCAGGACCUACCACCGCCGACGAAGGAUGAGCCGGUGAGCCCUUGCGAGCCGUCGCCGUGCGGUCCGAACGCGCAGUGCCAGCCGGCGGGAGGCGUGCCGUCGUGCUCGUGCCUGGAAGGCUACGUCGGCUCUCCGCCCAACUGCCGGCCCGAGUGCGUCAUCAGCCCCGACUGCCCGUCAAACCUGGCGUGCGUCAACGGCAAGUGCCGCGACCCUUGCCCCGGCUCCUGCGGCGUCAACGCGCAGUGCCAGAUCAUCAGCCACGCUGUCACCUGCAUAUGCGCCCCUGGCUACACCGGCGAUCCCUUCGUGCAGUGCACGCCACACAUACCCGCCGAGGAGACGCGCAACCCGUGCGAGCCGUCGCCGUGCGGCACGAACGCGGUGUGCAGCCAGCGGAACGGCGCGGGCUCGUGCGCCUGCCUGCCCGACUACCAGGGCAACCCGUACGAGGCGUGCCGGCCCGAGUGCGUGCUCAGCUCCGACUGCCCCACGGACCGCGCCUGCCAGAGGAACCGCUGCGAGGACCCCUGCCCGGGCGUGUGCGGCCUCAACGCGCAGUGCUCCGUCAUCAACCACAUCCCCACCUGCACCUGCCUGCCCGGCUACGAGGGCGACCCCUUCGCCACCUGCACACGGACGCCGCCGGCAGUGACGACGCCGCAGACAGUUCGAGAACCUUGUCAGCCGUCGCCGUGCGGUCCCAACAGCCAGUGCCGCGCGGUCGGCGGCCAGGCGGUGUGCUCGUGCCAGCAGGGCUACAGCGGCGCGCCGCCCAACUGCCGGCCCGAGUGCGUCGUCAACGCCGAGUGCCAGCAGACGCGCGCCUGCCACCGCUUCAAGUGCGCGGACCCCUGCCCGGGCACGUGCGGCCUCGAGGCGCGCUGCCAAGUCAUCAACCACAACCCCAUCUGCUCCUGCCCGCCCGGCUACACAGGCGACCCGUUCGCGCGCUGCUACCGCCGACCGGCCGAGCCGGUGCAGCCGGCCACUCCCGUCGACCCCUGCAGGCCUUCACCGUGCGGGCCCAACGCAGACUGCCAGCCACAGGGAGACCGUCCUUCGUGUUCCUGCCGACCUGGCUACAUCGGAGUGCCGCCCUCGUGUCGACCGGAGUGUGUAGUCAACACAGACUGUGCACCAACGAAGGCCUGUGUGGCUGAGAAGUGUCGCGAUCCUUGCGCCGGCUCGUGCGGCUUCGGCGCCGAGUGUCGCGUGCAGAACCACAUCCCUACCUGCACCUGCCCUGCCGGUAUGACUGGUGACCCGUUCGUCACGUGCACGCAGCUCGUGGUGGAGAAGCCGCCGCCAGAAGACCCGUGCAACCCGUCGCCCUGCGGCCCCGGCGCGCGAUGCGACGACGGCAGCUGCAGCUGCCCGCCCGAGUACCAGGGCGACCCCUACUCGGCCGCCGGCUGCCGGCCCGAGUGCACCACCAACAACGACUGCCCGCGCAACCGCGCCUGCACCAACUUCCGCUGCGUCGACCCGUGCGCCGGCACCUGCGGCCAGGGCGCGCGCUGCGACGUCGUCAACCACAUCCCUACCUGCUCCUGCCCGGAGGGAACGUCUGGCGACCCCUUCACCCUCUGCCGAACUGUACAGGCUGUCGAAGCUACGCGAGAUCCUUGCCAGCCGUCGCCGUGCGGCCCCGGCGGGCUGUGCCGGGUGGUGGACGGCCACGCGGUGUGCUCGUGCCAGCCGGGCCUGGUGGGCGCGCCGCCCUCUUGCCGGCCCGAGUGCGUCGUCAGCGCCGAGUGCCCGCUCACGCAUGCCUGCCUCGCCACCAAGUGCGUCGACCCGUGCCCGGGCACCUGCGGCGUCAACGCGCGCUGCCAGGUCGUCAACCACAACCCCAUCUGCUCCUGUGCACCGGGCUUCACCGGUGAUCCCUUCUCCAGAUGCUUCCAGCAGCGAGUUCCAGAGGACAAGCCGACAGUGCCGGAGAACCCCUGCUUGCCUUCGCCGUGCGGUCCGAACGCGCAAUGCCAAGUUCGAGGGGCCGGCCCCGCUUGCACGUGUCUCGACGGUUACGUGGGCGCACCGCCCUCUUGUAGGCCCGAGUGUACCAUCAAUCCCGAGUGCCAAAGUAGGUUCGCGUGUAUCAAUCAGCGUUGCGCUGACCCGUGUCCGGGAUCGUGCGGUUCGAAUGCCGAGUGCCGCGUCGUGAAUCACACGCCCGUCUGCAGCUGCGUCCCUGGAUUCACCGGAGAUCCCUUCACCGGAUGCAGUCCUGCUCCACAAGCUGUAGCCGUGCCCCAGGAGAGGCCAACGCCCUGCUCUCCGUCGCCAUGUGGUUCGAAUGCAGUGUGUAGGGAACAGAAUGGCGCAGGAUCUUGCACUUGUCUACCAGAGUAUGUGGGCAAUCCAUACGAAGGCUGUCGGCCAGAGUGCGUGGUGAACACUGACUGUGCUCCCAACAGGGCAUGUAUUCGUAACAAGUGCCAAGACCCAUGCCCCGGCACGUGUGGCCCGAAUGCAGACUGCCAGGUGGUCAAUCACCUGCCAUCGUGCACAUGCCGGCCGGGAUACACUGGAGACCCGUUCCGAUACUGCACAGUGCAGGCUAGCGAACGUAAGGACCAAUUACCAGGAGAUCCGUGCAGCCCAUCGCCAUGUGGUCCUAACAGCCAAUGUCGCCAAGUGAAUGGGCAGGCUGUGUGCUCAUGCCUACCGUCGUACAUUGGCAGUCCACCAGGCUGUAGACCAGAGUGUGUGGUGAGCUCCGAAUGCCCGCAGAACCGAGCCUGUGUGAACCAGAAGUGUGUGGACCCCUGCCCUGGGCCGUGUGGCCUCAAUACUCGCUGCCAGGUGAUCAACCACAGCCCAAUAUGCAGCUGCAAACAAGGAUUUACCGGAGACCCCUUCGCCAGAUGCCAUCCAAUUCCACCUCCACCUCAGAGGCCGAGUGCCCCAGUAGUUGUGAAUCCUUGCAUCCCAUCACCAUGUGGGCCGUAUUCUGAAUGUCGUGAUACAGGUGGCAAUCCUUCAUGCUCAUGCCUGGCAAAUUACAUUGGCGCUCCACCAAACUGCCGUCCCGAGUGCUCCAUCAACUCGGAGUGCCCCAGCAACAGGGCUUGUAUCCGGGAGAAGUGUCGUGACCCAUGUCCUGGGUCGUGUGGCAUUGGCGCACAGUGCAGUGUGAUCAACCACACCCCAGUGUGCACAUGCCCUGAGGGGUACACAGGAGAUCCAUUCACCAACUGCUUCCCGAAACCGACAAUUGCAGAACCUGUGGAAUCGGACCCGUGCAAUCCUUCGCCUUGCGGGCCUAACGCCGAAUGCCGAGAUGGCAGUUGUACUUGUCUUCCAGAAUACCAAGGAGACCCAUACACUGGUUGCCGGCCAGAGUGCGUGUUGAGUACUGAUUGUGACAGGACGAAAGCUUGCAUCAGGAACAAGUGUGCUGACCCCUGCCCAGGAACUUGCGGACAGGGUGCUCGAUGCGACGUAGUCAACCACAUCCCCAUCUGUACCUGUCCAGAAGGCACCUCUGGAAAUGCCUUCAUUCAGUGCCGGCCUAUUCCACCUCCCGUGGCAACACAGCCAUGCAACCCGUCUCCAUGCGGUCCCAACAGCCAAUGUCGGGAGAUUAACGGCCAGGCUGUAUGUUCAUGUGUGCCGGGCUACCUUGGAAGCCCACCGGCGUGCAGGCCAGAGUGCGUUGUGAGUUCCGAUUGCAGCCAGAAUGAAGCCUGCAGCAACCAGAAAUGUAGAAAUCCUUGCCCAGGAACGUGUGGAAUUGGGGCUAAGUGUCAGGUGGUGAAUCACAACCCUAUCUGUAGCUGUCCACCGCGCCACACGGGAGACCCUUUCACCAGAUGCCUGCCCAUACCUGAUUCGCCGGUGAGCAAGCCAGUGAACCCUUGCCAGCCGUCACCAUGUGGUCCAAAUGCUCAGUGCAAGGUAGCUGGAGACAGCCCCUCUUGCUCGUGCCUGCCAGAAUUCAAAGGCUCGCCACCAAACUGUCGGCCUGAGUGCGUCAGCAACAGCGAGUGUGCCAGCCAUCUGGCCUGUAUGGGGCAGAAGUGCAAAGACCCCUGUCCCGGAGCUUGUGGAUCAAAUGCUGAGUGCCGAGUGGUCAGCCACACGCCUACGUGUAUGUGUGCGGUUGGAUACACUGGAGACCCGUUCUCUCAGUGCUUUGUACAACGUAAGAAUGAACUCCUGACCGUGCCCCAGGAGAGGCCAACGCCCUGCUCUCCGUCGCCAUGUGGUUCGAAUGCAGUGUGUAGGGAACAGAAUGGCGCAGGAUCUUGCACUUGUCUACCAGAGUAUGUGGGCAAUCCAUACGAAGGCUGUCGGCCAGAGUGCGUGGUGAACACUGACUGUGCUCCCAACAGGGCAUGUAUUCGUAACAAGUGCCAAGACCCAUGCCCCGGCACGUGUGGCCCGAAUGCAGACUGCCAGGUGGUCAAUCACCUGCCAUCGUGCACAUGCCGGCCGGGAUACACUGGAGACCCGUUCCGAUACUGCACAGUGCAGGCUAGCGAACCUGUGGUAGCUGAACCAGGAGAUCCGUGCAGCCCAUCGCCAUGUGGUCCUAACAGCCAAUGUCGCCAAGUGAAUGGGCAGGCUGUGUGCUCAUGCCUACCGUCGUACAUUGGCAGUCCACCAGGCUGUAGACCAGAGUGUGUGGUGAGCUCCGAAUGCCCGCAGAACCGAGCCUGUGUGAACCAGAAGUGUGUGGACCCCUGCCCUGGGCCGUGUGGCCUCAAUACUCGCUGCCAGGUGAUCAACCACAGCCCAAUAUGCAGCUGCAAACAAGGAUUUACCGGAGACCCCUUCGCCAGAUGCCAUCCAAUUCCACCUCCACCUCAGAGGCCGAGUGCCCCAGUAGUUGUGAAUCCUUGCAUCCCAUCACCAUGUGGGCCGUAUUCUGAAUGUCGUGAUACAGGUGGCAAUCCUUCAUGCUCAUGCCUGGCAAAUUACAUUGGCGCUCCACCAAACUGCCGUCCCGAGUGCUCCAUCAACUCGGAGUGCCCCAGCAACAGGGCUUGUAUCCGGGAGAAGUGUCGUGACCCAUGUCCUGGGUCGUGUGGCAUUGGCGCACAGUGCAGUGUGAUCAACCACACCCCAGUGUGCACAUGCCCUGAGGGGUACACAGGAGAUCCAUUCACCAACUGCUUCCCAAAACCGACAAAACCUGUGGAAUCGGACCCGUGCAAUCCUUCGCCUUGCGGGCCUAACGCCGAAUGCCGAGAUGGCAGUUGUACUUGUCUUCCAGAAUACCAAGGAGACCCAUACACUGGUUGCCGGCCAGAGUGCGUGUUGAGUACUGAUUGUGACAGGACGAAAGCUUGCAUCAGGAACAAGUGUGCUGACCCCUGCCCAGGAACUUGCGGACAGGGUGCUCGAUGCGACGUAGUCAACCACAUCCCCAUCUGUACCUGUCCAGAAGGCACCUCUGGAAAUGCCUUCAUUCAGUGCCGGCCUAUUCCACCUCCCGUGGCAACACAGCCAUGCAACCCGUCUCCAUGCGGUCCCAACAGCCAAUGUCGGGAGAUUAACGGCCAGGCUGUAUGUUCAUGUGUGCCGGGCUACCUUGGAAGCCCACCGGCGUGCAGGCCAGAGUGCGUUGUGAGUUCCGAUUGCAGCCAGAAUGAAGCCUGCAGCAACCAGAAAUGUAGAAAUCCUUGCCCAGGAACGUGUGGAAUUGGGGCUAAGUGUCAGGUGGUGAAUCACAACCCUAUCUGUAGCUGUCCACCGCGCCACACGGGAGACCCUUUCACCAGAUGCCUGCCCAUACCUGAUUCGCCGGUGAGCAAGCCAGUGAACCCUUGCCAGCCGUCACCAUGUGGUCCAAAUGCUCAGUGCAAGGUAGCUGGAGACAGCCCCUCUUGCUCGUGCCUGCCAGAAUUCAAAGGCUCGCCACCAAACUGUCGGCCUGAGUGCGUCAGCAACAGCGAGUGUGCCAGCCAUCUGGCCUGUAUGGGGCAGAAGUGCAAAGACCCCUGUCCCGGAGCUUGUGGAUCAAAUGCUGAGUGCCGAGUGGUCAGCCACACGCCUACGUGUAUGUGUGCGGUUGGAUACACUGGAGACCCGUUCUCUCAGUGCUUUGUACAACCUGUAGCCGUGCCCCAGGAGAGGCCAACGCCCUGCUCUCCGUCGCCAUGUGGUUCGAAUGCAGUGUGUAGGGAACAGAAUGGCGCAGGAUCUUGCACUUGUCUACCAGAGUAUGUGGGCAAUCCAUACGAAGGCUGUCGGCCAGAGUGCGUGGUGAACACUGACUGUGCUCCCAACAGGGCAUGUAUUCGUAACAAGUGCCAAGACCCAUGCCCCGGCACGUGUGGCCCGAAUGCAGACUGCCAGGUGGUCAAUCACCUGCCAUCGUGCACAUGCCGGCCGGGAUACACUGGAGACCCGUUCCGAUACUGCACAGUGCAGGCUAGCGAACCUGUGGUAGCUGAACCAGGAGAUCCGUGCAGCCCAUCGCCAUGUGGUCCUAACAGCCAAUGUCGCCAAGUGAAUGGGCAGGCUGUGUGCUCAUGCCUACCGUCGUACAUUGGCAGUCCACCAGGCUGUAGACCAGAGUGUGUGGUGAGCUCCGAAUGCCCGCAGAACCGAGCCUGUGUGAACCAGAAGUGUGUGGACCCCUGCCCUGGGCCGUGUGGCCUCAAUACUCGCUGCCAGGUGAUCAACCACAGCCCAAUAUGCAGCUGCAAACAAGGAUUUACCGGAGACCCCUUCGCCAGAUGCCAUCCAAUUCCACCUCCACCUCAGAGGCCGAGUGCCCCAGUAGUUGUGAAUCCUUGCAUCCCAUCACCAUGUGGGCCGUAUUCUGAAUGUCGUGAUACAGGUGGCAAUCCUUCAUGCUCAUGCCUGGCAAAUUACAUUGGCGCUCCACCAAACUGCCGUCCCGAGUGCUCCAUCAACUCGGAGUGCCCCAGCAACAGGGCUUGUAUCCGGGAGAAGUGUCGUGACCCAUGUCCUGGGUCGUGUGGCAUUGGCGCACAGUGCAGUGUGAUCAACCACACCCCAGUGUGCACAUGCCCUGAGGGGUACACAGGAGAUCCAUUCACCAACUGCUUCCCAAAACCGACAAUUGCAGAACCUGUGGAAUCGGACCCGUGCAAUCCUUCGCCUUGCGGGCCUAACGCCGAAUGCCGAGAUGGCAGUUGUACUUGUCUUCCAGAAUACCAAGGAGACCCAUACACUGGUUGCCGGCCAGAGUGCGUGUUGAGUACUGAUUGUGACAGGACGAAAGCUUGCAUCAGGAACAAGUGUGCUGACCCCUGCCCAGGAACUUGCGGACAGGGUGCUCGAUGCGACGUAGUCAACCACAUCCCCAUCUGUACCUGUCCAGAAGGCACCUCUGGAAAUGCCUUCAUUCAGUGCCGGCCUAUUCCACCUCCCGUGGCAACACAGCCAUGCAACCCGUCUCCAUGCGGUCCCAACAGCCAAUGUCGGGAGAUUAACGGCCAGGCUGUAUGUUCAUGUGUGCCGGGCUACCUUGGAAGCCCACCGGCGUGCAGGCCAGAGUGCGUUGUGAGUUCCGAUUGCAGCCAGAAUGAAGCCUGCAGCAACCAGAAAUGUAGAAAUCCUUGCCCAGGAACGUGUGGAAUUGGGGCUAAGUGUCAGGUGGUGAAUCACAACCCUAUCUGUAGCUGUCCACCGCGCCACACGGGAGACCCUUUCACCAGAUGCCUGCCCAUACCUGAUUCGCCGGUGAGCAAGCCAGUGAACCCUUGCCAGCCGUCACCAUGUGGUCCAAAUGCUCAGUGCAAGGUAGCUGGAGACAGCCCCUCUUGCUCGUGCCUGCCAGAAUUCAAAGGCUCGCCACCAAACUGUCGGCCUGAGUGCGUCAGCAACAGCGAGUGUGCCAGCCAUCUGGCCUGUAUGGGGCAGAAGUGCAAAGACCCCUGUCCCGGAGCUUGUGGAUCAAAUGCUGAGUGCCGAGUGGUCAGCCACACGCCUACGUGUGUGUGUGCGGUUGGAUACACUGGAGACCCGUUCUCUCAGUGCUUUGUACAACCUGUAGCCGUGCCCCAGGAGAGGCCAACGCCCUGCUCUCCGUCGCCAUGUGGUUCGAAUGCAGUGUGUAGGGAACAGAAUGGCGCAGGAUCUUGCACUUGUCUACCAGAGUAUGUGGGCAAUCCAUACGAAGGCUGUCGGCCAGAGUGCGUGGUGAACACUGACUGUGCUCCCAACAGGGCAUGUAUUCGUAACAAGUGCCAAGACCCAUGCCCCGGCACGUGUGGCCCGAAUGCAGACUGCCAGGUGGUCAAUCACCUGCCAUCGUGCACAUGCCGGCCGGGAUACACUGGAGACCCGUUUCGAUACUGCACAGUGCAGGCUAGCGAACCUGUGGUAGCUGAACCAGGAGAUCCGUGCAGCCCAUCGCCAUGUGGUCCUAACAGCCAAUGUCGCCAAGUGAAUGGGCAGGCUGUGUGCUCAUGCCUACCGUCGUACAUUGGCAGUCCACCAGGCUGUAGACCAGAGUGUGUGGUGAGCUCCGAAUGCCCGCAGAACCGAGCCUGUGUGAACCAGAAGUGUGUGGACCCCUGCCCUGGGCCGUGUGGCCUCAAUACUCGCUGCCAGGUGAUCAACCACAGCCCAAUAUGCAGCUGCAAACAAGGAUUUACCGGAGACCCCUUCGCCAGAUGCCAUCCAAUUCCACCUCCACCUCAGAGGCCGAGUGCCCCAGUAGUUGUGAAUCCUUGCAUCCCAUCACCAUGUGGGCCGUAUUCUGAAUGUCGUGAUACAGGUGGCAAUCCUUCAUGCUCAUGCCUGGCAAAUUACAUUGGCGCUCCACCAAACUGCCGUCCCGAGUGCUCCAUCAACUCGGAGUGCCCCAGCAACAGGGCUUGUAUCCGGGAGAAGUGUCGUGACCCAUGUCCUGGGUCGUGUGGCAUUGGCGCACAGUGCAGUGUGAUCAACCACACCCCAGUGUGCACAUGCCCUGAGGGGUACACAGGAGAUCCAUUCACCAACUGCUUCCCAAAACCGACAAAACCUGUGGAAUCGGACCCGUGCAAUCCUUCGCCUUGCGGGCCUAACGCCGAAUGCCGAGAUGGCAGUUGUACUUGUCUUCCAGAAUACCAAGGAGACCCAUACACUGGUUGCCGGCCAGAGUGCGUGUUGAGUACUGAUUGUGACAGGACGAAAGCUUGCAUCAGGAACAAGUGUGCUGACCCCUGCCCAGGAACUUGCGGACAGGGUGCUCGAUGCGACGUAGUCAACCACAUCCCCAUCUGUACCUGUCCAGAAGGCACCUCUGGAAAUGCCUUCAUUCAGUGCCGGCCUAUUCCACCUCCCGUGGCAACACAGCCAUGCAACCCGUCUCCAUGCGGUCCCAACAGCCAAUGUCGGGAGAUUAACGGCCAGGCUGUAUGUUCAUGUGUGCCGGGCUACCUUGGAAGCCCACCGGCGUGCAGGCCAGAGUGCGUUGUGAGUUCCGAUUGCAGCCAGAAUGAAGCCUGCAGCAACCAGAAAUGUAGAAAUCCUUGCCCAGGAACGUGUGGAAUUGGGGCUAAGUGUCAGGUGGUGAAUCACAACCCUAUCUGUAGCUGUCCACCGCGCCACACGGGAGACCCUUUCACCAGAUGCCUGCCCAUACCUGAUUCGCCGGUGAGCAAGCCAGUGAACCCUUGCCAGCCGUCACCAUGUGGUCCAAACGCUCAGUGCAAGGUAGCUGGAGACAGCCCCUCUUGCUCGUGCCUGCCAGAAUUCAAAGGCUCGCCACCAAACUGUCGGCCUGAGUGCGUCAGCAACAGCGAGUGUGCCAGCCAUCUGGCCUGUAUGGGGCAGAAGUGCAAAGACCCCUGUCCCGGAGCUUGUGGAUCAAAUGCUGAGUGCCGAGUGGUCAGCCACACGCCUACGUGUGUGUGUGCGGUUGGAUACACUGGAGACCCGUUCUCUCAGUGCUUUGUACAACCCGUGCCCCAGGAGAGGCCAACGCCCUGCUCUCCGUCGCCAUGUGGUUCGAAUGCAGUGUGUAGGGAACAGAAUGGCGCAGGAUCUUGCACUUGUCUACCAGAGUAUGUGGGCAAUCCAUACGAAGGCUGUCGGCCAGAGUGCGUGGUGAACACUGACUGUGCUCCCAACAGGGCAUGUAUUCGUAACAAGUGCCAAGACCCAUGCCCCGGCACGUGUGGCCCGAAUGCAGACUGCCAGGUGGUCAAUCACCUGCCAUCGUGCACAUGCCGGCCGGGAUACACUGGAGACCCGUUCCGAUACUGCACAGUGCAGGCUAGCGAACCUGUGGUAGCUGAACCAGGAGAUCCGUGCAGCCCAUCGCCAUGUGGUCCUAACAGCCAAUGUCGCCAAGUGAAUGGGCAGGCUGUGUGCUCAUGCCUACCGUCGUACAUUGGCAGUCCACCAGGCUGUAGACCAGAGUGUGUGGUGAGCUCCGAAUGCCCGCAGAACCGAGCCUGUGUGAACCAGAAGUGUGUGGACCCCUGCCCUGGGCCGUGUGGCCUCAAUACUCGCUGCCAGGUGAUCAACCACAGCCCAAUAUGCAGCUGCAAACAAGGAUUUACCGGAGACCCCUUCGCCAGAUGCCAUCCAAUUCCACCUCCACCUCAGAGGCCGAGUGCCCCAGUAGUUGUGAAUCCUUGCAUCCCAUCACCAUGUGGGCCGUAUUCUGAAUGUCGUGAUACAGGUGGCAAUCCUUCAUGCUCAUGCCUGGCAAAUUACAUUGGCGCUCCACCAAACUGCCGUCCCGAGUGCUCCAUCAACUCGGAGUGCCCCAGCAACAGGGCUUGUAUCCGGGAGAAGUGUCGUGACCCAUGUCCUGGGUCGUGUGGCAUUGGCGCACAGUGCAGUGUGAUCAACCACACCCCAGUGUGCACAUGCCCCGAGGGGUACACAGGAGAUCCAUUCACCAACUGCUUCCCAAAACCGACAAUUGCAGAACCUGUGGAAUCGGACCCGUGCAAUCCUUCGCCUUGCGGGCCUAACGCCGAAUGCCGAGAUGGCAGUUGUACUUGUCUUCCAGAAUACCAAGGAGACCCAUACACUGGUUGCCGGCCAGAGUGCGUGUUGAGUACUGAUUGUGACAGGACGAAAGCUUGCAUCAGGAACAAGUGUGCUGACCCCUGCCCAGGAACUUGCGGACAGGGUGCUCGAUGCGACGUAGUCAACCACAUCCCCAUCUGUACCUGUCCAGAAGGCACCUCUGGAAAUGCCUUCAUUCAGUGCCGGCCUAUUCCACCUCCCGUGGCAACACAGCCAUGCAACCCGUCUCCAUGCGGUCCCAACAGCCAAUGUCGGGAGAUUAACGGCCAGGCUGUAUGUUCAUGUGUGCCGGGCUACCUUGGAAGCCCACCGGCGUGCAGGCCAGAGUGCGUUGUGAGUUCCGAUUGCAGCCAGAAUGAAGCCUGCAGCAACCAGAAAUGUAGAAAUCCUUGCCCAGGAACGUGUGGAAUUGGGGCUAAGUGUCAGGUGGUGAAUCACAACCCUAUCUGUAACUGUCCACCGCGCCACACGGGAGACCCUUUCACCAGAUGCCUGCCCAUACCUGAUUCGCCGGUGAGCAAGCCAGUGAACCCUUGCCAGCCGUCACCAUGUGGUCCAAACGCUCAGUGCAAGGUAGCUGGAGACAGCCCCUCUUGCUCGUGCCUGCCAGAAUUCAAAGGCUCGCCACCAAACUGUCGGCCUGAGUGCGUCAGCAACAGCGAGUGUGCCAGCCAUCUGGCCUGUAUGGGGCAGAAGUGCAAAGACCCCUGUCCCGGAGCUUGUGGAUCAAAUGCUGAGUGCCGAGUGGUCAGCCACACGCCUACGUGUGUGUGUGCGGUUGGAUACACUGGAGACCCGUUCUCUCAGUGCUUUGUACAACCCGUGCCCCAGGAGAGGCCAACGCCCUGCUCUCCGUCGCCAUGUGGUUCGAAUGCAGUGUGUAGGGAACAGAAUGGCGCAGGAUCUUGCACUUGUCUACCAGAGUAUGUGGGCAAUCCAUACGAAGGCUGUCGGCCAGAGUGCGUGGUGAACACUGACUGUGCUCCCAACAGGGCAUGUAUUCGUAACAAGUGCCAAGACCCAUGCCCCGGCACGUGUGGCCCGAAUGCAGACUGCCAGGUGGUCAAUCACCUGCCAUCGUGCACAUGCCGGCCGGGAUACACUGGAGACCCGUUCCGAUACUGCACAGUGCAGGCUAGCGAACCUGUGGUAGCUGAACCAGGAGAUCCGUGCAGCCCAUCGCCAUGUGGUCCUAACAGCCAAUGUCGCCAAGUGAAUGGGCAGGCUGUGUGCUCAUGCCUACCGUCGUACAUUGGCAGUCCACCAGGCUGUAGACCAGAGUGUGUGGUGAGCUCCGAAUGCCCGCAGAACCGAGCCUGUGUGAACCAGAAGUGUGUGGACCCCUGCCCUGGGCCGUGUGGCCUCAAUACUCGCUGCCAGGUGAUCAACCACAGCCCAAUAUGCAGCUGCAAACAAGGAUUUACCGGAGACCCCUUCGCCAGAUGCCAUCCAAUUCCACCUCCACCUCAGAGGCCGAGUGCCCCAGUAGUUGUGAAUCCUUGCAUCCCAUCACCAUGUGGGCCGUAUUCUGAAUGUCGUGAUACAGGUGGCAAUCCUUCAUGCUCAUGCCUGGCAAAUUACAUUGGCGCUCCACCAAACUGCCGUCCCGAGUGCUCCAUCAACUCGGAGUGCCCCAGCAACAGGGCUUGUAUCCGGGAGAAGUGUCGUGACCCAUGUCCUGGGUCGUGUGGCAUUGGCGCACAGUGCAGUGUGAUCAACCACACCCCAGUGUGCACAUGCCCUGAGGGGUACACAGGAGAUCCAUUCACCAACUGCUUCCCAAAACCGACAAUUGCAGAACCUGUGGAAUCGGACCCGUGCAAUCCUUCGCCUUGCGGGCCUAACGCCGAAUGCCGAGAUGGCAGUUGUACUUGUCUUCCAGAAUACCAAGGAGACCCAUACACUGGUUGCCGGCCAGAGUGCGUGUUGAGUACUGAUUGUGACAGGACGAAAGCUUGCAUCAGGAACAAGUGUGCUGACCCCUGCCCAGGAACUUGCGGACACGGUGCUCGAUGCGACGUAGUCAACCACAUCCCCAUCUGUACCUGUCCAGAAGGCACCUCUGGAAAUGCCUUCAUUCAGUGCCGGCCUAUUCCACCUCCCGUGGCAACACAGCCAUGCAACCCGUCUCCAUGCGGUCCCAACAGCCAAUGUCGGGAGAUUAACGGCCAGGCUGUAUGUUCAUGUGUGCCGGGCUACCUUGGAAGCCCACCGGCGUGCAGGCCAGAGUGCGUUGUGAGUUCCGAUUGCAGCCAGAAUGAAGCCUGCAGCAACCAGAAAUGUAGAAAUCCUUGCCCAGGAACGUGUGGAAUUGGGGCUAAGUGUCAGGUGGUGAAUCACAACCCUAUCUGUAGCUGUCCACCGCGCCACACGGGAGACCCUUUCACCAGAUGCCUGCCCAUACCUGAUUCGCCGGUGAGCAAGCCAGUGAACCCUUGCCAGCCGUCACCAUGUGGUCCAAACGCUCAGUGCAAGGUAGCUGGAGACAGCCCCUCUUGCUCGUGCCUGCCAGAAUUCAAAGGCUCGCCACCAAACUGUCGGCCUGAGUGCGUCAGCAACAGCGAGUGUGCCAGCCAUCUGGCCUGUAUGGGGCAGAAGUGCAAAGACCCCUGUCCCGGAGCUUGUGGAUCAAAUGCUGAGUGCCGAGUGGUCAGCCACACGCCUACGUGUGUGUGUGCGGUUGGAUACACUGGAGACCCGUUCUCUCAGUGCUUUGUACAACCUGUAGCCGUGCCCCAGGAGAGGCCAACGCCCUGCUCUCCGUCGCCAUGUGGUUCGAAUGCAGUGUGUAGGGAACAGAAUGGCGCAGGAUCUUGCACUUGUCUACCAGAGUAUGUGGGCAAUCCAUACGAAGGCUGUCGGCCAGAGUGCGUGGUGAACACUGACUGUGCUCCCAACAGGGCAUGUAUUCGUAACAAGUGCCAAGACCCAUGCCCCGGCACGUGUGGCCCGAAUGCAGACUGCCAGGUGGUCAAUCACCUGCCAUCGUGCACAUGCCGGCCGGGAUACACUGGAGACCCGUUCCGAUACUGCACAGUGCAGGCUAGCGAACCUGUGGUAGCUGAACCAGGAGAUCCGUGCAGCCCAUCGCCAUGUGGUCCUAACAGCCAAUGUCGCCAAGUGAAUGGGCAGGCUGUGUGCUCAUGCCUACCGUCGUACAUUGGCAGUCCACCAGGCUGUAGACCAGAGUGUGUGGUGAGCUCUGAAUGCCCGCAGAACCGAGCCUGUGUGAACCAGAAGUGUGUGGACCCCUGCCCUGGGCCGUGUGGCCUCAAUACUCGCUGCCAGGUGAUCAACCACAGCCCAAUAUGCAGCUGCAAACAAGGAUUUACCGGAGACCCCUUCGCCAGAUGCCAUCCAAUUCCACCUCCACCUCAGAGGCCGAGUGCCCCAGUAGUUGUGAAUCCUUGCAUCCCAUCACCAUGUGGGCCGUAUUCUGAAUGUCGUGAUACAGGUGGCAAUCCUUCAUGCUCAUGCCUGGCAAAUUACAUUGGCGCUCCACCAAACUGCCGUCCCGAGUGCUCCAUCAACUCGGAGUGCCCCAGCAACAGGGCUUGUAUCCGGGAGAAGUGUCGUGACCCAUGUCCUGGGUCGUGUGGCAUUGGCGCACAGUGCAGUGUGAUCAACCACACCCCAGUGUGCACAUGCCCUGAGGGGUACACAGGAGAUCCAUUCACCAACUGCUUCCCAAAACCGACAAUUGCAGAACCUGUGGAAUCGGACCCGUGCAAUCCUUCGCCUUGCGGGCCUAACGCCGAAUGCCGAGAUGGCAGUUGUACUUGUCUUCCAGAAUACCAAGGAGACCCAUACACUGGUUGCCGGCCAGAGUGCGUGUUGAGUACUGAUUGUGACAGGACGAAAGCUUGCAUCAGGAACAAGUGUGCUGACCCCUGCCCAGGAACUUGCGGACAGGGUGCUCGAUGCGACGUAGUCAACCACAUCCCCAUCUGUACCUGUCCAGAAGGCACCUCUGGAAAUGCCUUCAUUCAGUGCCGGCCUAUUCCACCUCCCAUAGCAACACAGCCAUGCAACCCGUCUCCAUGCGGUCCCAACAGCCAAUGUCGGGAGAUUAACGGCCAGGCUGUAUGUUCAUGUGUGCCGGGCUACCUUGGAAGCCCACCGGCGUGCAGGCCAGAGUGCGUUGUGAGUUCCGACUGCAGCCAGAAUGAAGCCUGCAGCAACCAGAAAUGUAGAAAUCCUUGCCCAGGAACGUGUGGAAUUGGGGCUAAGUGUCAGGUGGUGAAUCACAACCCUAUCUGUAGCUGUCCACCGCGCCACACGGGAGACCCUUUGACCAGAUGCCUGCCCAUACCUGAUUCGCCGGUGAGCAAGCCAGUGAACCCUUGCCAGCCGUCACCAUGUGGUCCAAACGCUCAGUGCAAGGUAGCUGGAGACAGCCCCUCUUGCUCGUGCCUGCCAGAAUUCAAAGGCUCGCCACCAAACUGUCGGCCUGAGUGCGUCAGCAACAGCGAGUGUGCCAGCCAUCUGGCCUGUAUGGGGCAGAAGUGCAAAGACCCCUGUCCCGGAGCUUGUGGAUCAAAUGCUGAGUGCCGAGUGGUCAGCCACACGCCUACGUGUGUGUGUGCGGUUGGAUACACUGGAGACCCGUUCUCUCAGUGCUUUGUACAACCUGUAGCCGUGCCCCAGGAGAGGCCAACGCCCUGCUCUCCGUCGCCAUGUGGUUCGAAUGCAGUGUGUAGGGAACAGAAUGGCGCAGGAUCUUGCACUUGUCUACCAGAGUAUGUGGGCAAUCCAUACGAAGGCUGUCGGCCAGAGUGCGUGGUGAACACUGACUGUGCUCCCAACAGGGCAUGUAUUCGUAACAAGUGCCAAGACCCAUGCCCCGGCACGUGUGGCCCGAAUGCAGACUGCCAGGUGGUCAAUCACCUGCCAUCGUGCACAUGCCGGCCGGGAUACACUGGAGACCCGUUCCGAUACUGCACAGUGCAGGCUAGCGAACCUGUGGUAGCUGAACCAGGAGAUCCGUGCAGCCCAUCGCCAUGUGGUCCUAACAGCCAAUGUCGCCAAGUGAAUGGGCAGGCUGUGUGCUCAUGCCUACCGUCGUACAUUGGCAGUCCACCAGGCUGUAGACCAGAGUGUGUGGUGAGCUCUGAAUGCCCGCAGAACCGAGCCUGUGUGAACCAGAAGUGUGUGGACCCCUGCCCUGGGCCGUGUGGCCUCAAUACUCGCUGCCAGGUGAUCAACCACAGCCCAAUAUGCAGCUGCAAACAAGGAUUUACCGGAGACCCCUUCGCCAGAUGCCAUCCAAUUCCACCUCCACCUCAGAGGCCGAGUGCCCCAGUAGUUGUGAAUCCUUGCAUCCCAUCACCAUGUGGGCCGUAUUCUGAAUGUCGUGAUACAGGUGGCAAUCCUUCAUGCUCAUGCCUGGCAAAUUACAUUGGCGCUCCACCAAACUGCCGUCCCGAGUGCUCCAUCAACUCGGAGUGCCCCAGCAACAGGGCUUGUAUCCGGGAGAAGUGUCGUGACCCAUGUCCUGGGUCGUGUGGCAUUGGCGCACAGUGCAGUGUGAUCAACCACACCCCAGUGUGCACAUGCCCUGAGGGGUACACAGGAGAUCCAUUCACCAACUGCUUCCCAAAACCGACAAUUGCAGAACCUGUGGAAUCGGACCCGUGCAAUCCUUCGCCUUGCGGGCCUAACGCCGAAUGCCGAGAUGGCAGUUGUACUUGUCUUCCAGAAUACCAAGGAGACCCAUACACUGGUUGCCGGCCAGAGUGCGUGUUGAGUACUGAUUGUGACAGGACGAAAGCUUGCAUCAGGAACAAGUGUGCUGACCCCUGCCCAGGAACUUGCGGACAGGGUGCUCGAUGCGACGUAGUCAACCACAUCCCCAUCUGUACCUGUCCAGAAGGCACCUCUGGAAAUGCCUUCAUUCAGUGCCGGCCUAUUCCACCUCCCAUAGCAACACAGCCAUGCAACCCGUCUCCAUGCGGUCCCAACAGCCAAUGUCGGGAGAUUAACGGCCAGGCUGUAUGUUCAUGUGUGCCCGGCUACCUUGGAAGCCCACCGGCGUGCAGGCCAGAGUGCGUUGUGAGUUCCGACUGCAGCCAGAAUGAAGCCUGCAGCAACCAGAAAUGUAGAAAUCCUUGCCCAGGAACGUGUGGAAUUGGGGCUAAGUGUCAGGUGGUGAAUCACAACCCUAUCUGUAGCUGUCCACCGCGCCACACGGGAGACCCUUUCACCAGAUGCCUGCCCAUACCUGAUUCGCCGGUGAGCAAGCCAGUGAACCCUUGCCAGCCGUCACCAUGUGGUCCAAAUGCUCAGUGCAAGGUAGCUGGAGACAGCCCCUCUUGCUCGUGCCUGCCAGAAUUCAAAGGCUCGCCACCAAACUGUCGGCCUGAGUGCGUCAGCAACAGCGAGUGUGCCAGCCAUCUGGCCUGUAUGGGGCAGAAGUGCAAAGACCCCUGUCCCGGAGCUUGUGGAUCAAAUGCUGAGUGCCGAGUGGUCAGCCACACGCCUACGUGUGUGUGUGCGGUUGGAUACACUGGAGACCCGUUCUCUCAGUGCUUUGUACAACCUGUAGCCGUGCCCCAGGAGAGGCCAACGCCCUGCUCUCCGUCGCCAUGUGGUUCGAAUGCAGUGUGUAGGGAACAGAAUGGCGCCGGAUCUUGCACUUGUCUACCAGAGUAUGUGGGCAACCCAUACGAAGGCUGCCGGCCAGAAUGUGUGGUAAACACUGACUGUGCUCCCAACAAGGCAUGUAUCCGUAACAAGUGCCAAGACCCGUGCCCUGGCACAUGUGGCCCGAACGCAGACUGCCAGGUUGUCAAUCACCUGCCAUCGUGCACUUGCCGGCCAGGAUACACUGGAGACCCGUUCCGAUACUGCACGGUGCAGGCUAGCGAACCUGUGGUAGCUGAACCGGGAGAUCCAUGCAACCCAUCGCCAUGUGGUCCAAACAGCCAAUGCCGCCAAGUGAAUGGGCAGGCUGUGUGCUCGUGCCUACCGUCGUACAUUGGCAGUCCACCAGGAUGCAGACCGGAGUGUGUGGUUAGCUCUGAAUGCCCGCAGAAUCGAGCCUGUGUGAACCAGAAGUGUGUGGACCCUUGCCCUGGGCCGUGUGGCCUCAAUACUCGCUGCCAGGUGAUCAACCACAGCCCAAUAUGCAGCUGCAAACAAGGAUUUACCGGAGACCCCUUCGCCAGAUGCCAUCCAAUUCCACCUCCACCUCAGAGGCCGAGUGCCCCAGUGGUUGUGAAUCCUUGCAUCCCAUCGCCGUGUGGGCCAUAUUCUGAGUGUCGCGAUACAGGUGGCAGUCCUUCAUGCUCGUGCCUGGCAAACUACAUUGGCGCUCCACCAAACUGCCGGCCCGAGUGCUCCAUCAACUCGGAGUGCCCCAGCAACAGGGCUUGUAUCAGGGAGAAGUGUCGUGACCCAUGUCCAGGGUCGUGCGGCAUUGGCGCACAGUGCAGUGUGAUCAAUCACACCCCAGUUUGCACAUGCCCUGAGGGAUACACUGGAGACCCGUUUAGUAACUGCUUCCCGAAGCCACCAAUUUCAGAACCUGUGGAAUCAGACCCAUGCAAUCCAUCGCCUUGUGGGCCUAACGCCGAAUGCCGAGAUGGCAGUUGUACUUGCCUUCCGGAAUAUCAAGGAGACCCAUACACUGGUUGCCGGCCAGAGUGUGUGUUGAGUACUGACUGUGACAGGACGAAAGCUUGCAUCAGGAACAAGUGCGCUGACCCCUGCCCAGGGACUUGUGGACAGGAUGCUCGGUGCGAUGUAGUUAAUCACAUCCCCAUCUGUACCUGUCCGGAAGGCACCUCUGGAAACGCUUUCAUCCAGUGCCGACCAGUACCACCUCCUGCAGUUACACUACCAUGUCGGCCAUCUCCAUGUGGACCAAAUAGCCAAUGUCGGGAGAUUAAUGGCCAGGCAGUGUGCUCUUGUGUACCUGGAUACUUGGGAAGUCCUCCGGCGUGCAGACCAGAGUGCGUCGUGAGCUCCGAUUGCAGCCAGAACGAAGCAUGUAGUAACCAGAAAUGUAGGAAUCCCUGCCCAGGAACGUGUGGAAUUGGAGCGCGUUGUGAGGUGGUCAAUCACAACCCAAUUUGUAGCUGUCCACCUCGUUACACCGGCGAUCCGUUCUCCAGAUGUCUGCCCAUACCUGAGAACCCUGUGGUCAGCGAGCCAGUGAACCCUUGCCAGCCUUCACCAUGUGGUCCAAAUGCUCAGUGCAAGGUAGCUGGAGACAGCCCAUCAUGUUCAUGCCUGCCAGAAUUCAAGGGCUCGCCUCCAAACUGCCGGCCCGAGUGCAUCAGCAACAGCGAGUGUGCCAGCCAUCUGGCCUGUAUCGGGCAGAAGUGCAAAGACCCCUGUCCAGGAGCUUGUGGGUCGAAUGCAGAGUGCAGAGUGGUCAGCCACACGCCUACAUGUGUGUGUGCAGUUGGAUACACUGGAGACCCAUUCUCUCAGUGCUUUGUGCAGCCUGUGGCCGCGCCGCAGGAAAGACCGACGCCCUGCUCUCCGUCGCCAUGUGGUUCGAAUGCAGUGUGUAGGGAACAGAAUGGCGCCGGAUCUUGCACUUGUCUACCAGAGUAUGUGGGCAACCCAUACGAAGGCUGCCGGCCAGAAUGUGUGGUAAACACUGACUGUGCUCCCAACAAGGCAUGUAUCCGUAACAAGUGCCAAGACCCGUGCCCUGGCACAUGUGGCCCGAACGCAGACUGUCAGGUUGUCAAUCACCUGCCAUCGUGCACUUGCCGGCCAGGAUACACUGGAGACCCGUUCCGAUACUGCACGGUGCAGGCUAGCGAACCUGUGGUAGCUGAACCGGGAGAUCCAUGCAACCCAUCGCCAUGUGGUCCAAACAGCCAAUGCCGCCAAGUGAAUGGGCAGGCUGUGUGCUCGUGCCUACCGUCGUACAUUGGCAGUCCACCAGGAUGCAGACCGGAGUGUGUGGUUAGCUCUGAAUGCCCGCAGAAUCGAGCCUGUGUGAACCAGAAGUGUGUGGACCCUUGCCCUGGGCCGUGUGGCCUCAAUACUCGCUGCCAGGUGAUCAACCACAGCCCAAUAUGCAGCUGCAAACAAGGAUUUACCGGAGACCCCUUCGCCAGAUGCCAUCCAAUUCCACCUCCACCUCAGAGGCCGAGUGCCCCAGUGGUUGUGAAUCCUUGCAUCCCAUCGCCGUGUGGGCCAUAUUCUGAGUGUCGCGAUACAGGUGGCAGUCCUUCAUGCUCGUGCCUGGCAAACUACAUUGGCGCUCCACCAAACUGCCGGCCCGAGUGCUCCAUCAACUCGGAGUGCCCCAGCAACAGGGCUUGUAUCAGGGAGAAGUGUCGUGACCCAUGUCCAGGGUCGUGCGGCAUUGGCGCACAGUGCAGUGUGAUCAAUCACACCCCAGUUUGCACAUGCCCUGAGGGAUACACUGGAGACCCGUUUAGUAACUGCUUCCCGAAGCCACCAAUUUCAGAACCUGUGGAGUCAGACCCAUGCAAUCCAUCGCCUUGUGGGCCUAACGCCGAAUGCCGAGAUGGCAGUUGUACUUGCCUUCCGGAAUAUCAAGGAGACCCAUACACUGGUUGCCGGCCAGAGUGUGUGUUGAGUACUGACUGUGACAGGACGAAAGCUUGCAUCAGGAACAAGUGCGCUGACCCCUGCCCAGGGACUUGUGGACAGGAUGCUCGGUGCGAUGUAGUUAAUCACAUCCCCAUCUGUACCUGUCCGGAAGGCACCUCUGGAAACGCUUUCAUCCAGUGCCGACCAGUACCACCUCCUGCAGUUACACUACCAUGUCGGCCAUCUCCAUGUGGACCAAAUAGCCAAUGUCGGGAGAUUAAUGGCCAGGCAGUGUGCUCUUGUGUACCUGGAUACUUGGGAAGUCCUCCGGCGUGCAGACCAGAGUGCGUCGUGAGCUCCGAUUGCAGCCAGAACGAAGCAUGUAGUAACCAGAAAUGUAGGAAUCCCUGCCCAGGAACGUGUGGAAUUGGAGCGCGUUGUGAGGUGGUCAAUCACAACCCAAUUUGUAGCUGUCCACCUCGUUACACCGGCGAUCCGUUCUCCAGAUGUCUGCCCAUACCUGAGAACCCUGUGGUCAGCGAGCCAGUGAACCCUUGCCAGCCUUCACCAUGUGGUCCAAAUGCUCAGUGCAAGGUAGCUGGAGACAGCCCAUCAUGUUCAUGCCUGCCAGAAUUCAAGGGCUCGCCUCCAAACUGCCGGCCCGAGUGCAUCAGCAACAGCGAGUGUGCCAGCCAUCUGGCCUGUAUCGGGCAGAAGUGCAAAGACCCCUGUCCAGGAGCUUGUGGGUCGAAUGCAGAGUGCAGAGUGGUCAGCCACACGCCUACAUGUGUGUGUGCAGUUGGAUACACUGGAGACCCAUUCUCUCAGUGCUUUGUGCAGCCUGUGGCCGCGCCGCAGGAAAGACCGACGCCCUGCUCUCCGUCGCCAUGUGGUUCGAAUGCAGUGUGUAGGGAACAGAAUGGCGCCGGAUCUUGCACUUGUCUACCAGAGUAUGUGGGCAACCCAUACGAAGGCUGCCGGCCAGAAUGUGUGGUAAACACUGACUGUGCUCCCAACAAGGCAUGUAUCCGUAACAAGUGCCAAGACCCGUGCCCUGGCACAUGUGGCCCGAACGCAGACUGCCAGGUUGUCAAUCACCUGCCAUCGUGCACUUGCCGGCCAGGAUACACUGGAGACCCGUUCCGAUACUGCACGGUGCAGGCUAGCGAACCUGUGGUAGCUGAACCGGGAGAUCCAUGCAACCCAUCGCCAUGUGGUCCAAACAGCCAAUGCCGCCAAGUGAAUGGGCAGGCUGUGUGCUCGUGCCUACCGUCGUACAUUGGCAGUCCACCAGGAUGCAGACCGGAGUGUGUGGUUAGCUCUGAAUGCCCGCAGAAUCGAGCCUGUGUGAACCAGAAGUGUGUGGACCCUUGCCCUGGGCCGUGUGGCCUCAAUACUCGCUGCCAGGUGAUCAACCACAGCCCAAUAUGCAGCUGCAAACAAGGAUUUACCGGAGACCCCUUCGCCAGAUGCCAUCCAAUUCCACCUCCACCUCAGAGGCCGAGUGCCCCAGUGGUUGUGAAUCCUUGCAUCCCAUCGCCGUGUGGGCCAUAUUCUGAGUGUCGCGAUACAGGUGGCAGUCCUUCAUGCUCGUGCCUGGCAAACUACAUUGGCGCUCCACCAAACUGCCGGCCCGAGUGCUCCAUCAACUCGGAGUGCCCCAGCAACAGGGCUUGUAUCAGGGAGAAGUGUCGUGACCCAUGUCCAGGGUCGUGCGGCAUUGGCGCACAGUGCAGUGUGAUCAAUCACACCCCAGUUUGCACAUGCCCUGAGGGAUACACUGGAGACCCGUUUAGUAACUGCUUCCCGAAGCCACCAAUUUCAGAACCUGUGGAAUCAGACCCAUGCAAUCCAUCGCCUUGUGGGCCUAACGCCGAAUGCCGAGAUGGCAGUUGUACUUGCCUUCCGGAAUAUCAAGGAGACCCAUACACUGGUUGCCGGCCAGAGUGUGUGUUGAGUACUGACUGUGACAGGACGAAAGCUUGCAUCAGGAACAAGUGCGCUGACCCCUGCCCAGGGACUUGUGGACAGGAUGCUCGGUGCGAUGUAGUUAAUCACAUCCCCAUCUGUACCUGUCCGGAAGGCACCUCUGGAAACGCUUUCAUCCAGUGCCGACCAGUACCACCUCCUGCAGUUACACUACCAUGUCGGCCAUCUCCAUGUGGACCAAAUAGCCAAUGUCGGGAGAUUAAUGGCCAGGCAGUGUGCUCUUGUGUACCUGGAUACUUGGGAAGUCCUCCGGCGUGCAGACCAGAGUGCGUCGUGAGCUCCGAUUGCAGCCAGAACGAAGCAUGUAGUAACCAGAAAUGUAGGAAUCCCUGCCCAGGAACGUGUGGAAUUGGAGCGCGUUGUGAGGUGGUCAAUCACAACCCAAUUUGUAGCUGUCCACCUCGUUACACCGGCGAUCCGUUCUCCAGAUGUCUGCCCAUACCUGAGAACCCUGUGGUCAGCGAGCCAGUGAACCCUUGCCAGCCUUCACCAUGUGGUCCAAAUGCUCAGUGCAAGGUAGCUGGAGACAGCCCAUCAUGUUCAUGCCUGCCAGAAUUCAAGGGCUCGCCUCCAAACUGCCGGCCCGAGUGCAUCAGCAACAGCGAGUGUGCCAGCCAUCUGGCCUGUAUCGGGCAGAAGUGCAAAGACCCCUGUCCAGGAGCUUGUGGGUCGAAUGCAGAGUGCAGAGUGGUCAGCCACACGCCUACAUGUGUGUGUGCAGUUGGAUACACUGGAGACCCAUUCUCUCAGUGCUUUGUGCAGCCUGUGGCCGCGCCGCAGGAAAGACCGACGCCCUGCUCUCCGUCGCCAUGUGGUUCGAAUGCAGUGUGUAGGGAACAGAAUGGCGCCGGAUCUUGCACUUGUCUACCAGAGUAUGUGGGCAACCCAUACGAAGGCUGCCGGCCAGAAUGUGUGGUAAACACUGACUGUGCUCCCAACAAGGCAUGUAUCCGUAACAAGUGCCAAGACCCGUGCCCUGGCACAUGUGGCCCGAACGCAGACUGCCAGGUUGUCAAUCACCUGCCAUCGUGCACUUGCCGGCCAGGAUACACUGGAGACCCGUUCCGAUACUGCACGGUGCAGGCUAGCGAACCUCCACCUCAGAGGCCGACUGAACCGGGAGAUCCAUGCAACCCAUCGCCAUGUGGUCCAAACAGCCAAUGCCGCCAAGUGAAUGGGCAGGCUGUGUGCUCGUGCCUACCGUCGUACAUUGGCAGUCCACCAGGAUGCAGACCGGAGUGUGUGGUUAGCUCUGAAUGCCCGCAGAAUCGAGCCUGUGUGAACCAGAAGUGUGUGGACCCUUGCCCUGGGCCGUGUGGCCUCAAUACUCGCUGCCAGGUGAUCAACCACAGCCCAAUAUGCAGCUGCAAACAAGGAUAUACCGGAGACCCCUUCGCCAGAUGCCAUCCAAUUCCACCUCCACCUCAGAGGCCGAGUGCCCCAGUGGUUGUGAAUCCUUGCAUCCCAUCGCCGUGUGGGCCAUAUUCUGAGUGUCGCGAUACAGGUGGCAGUCCUUCAUGCUCGUGCCUGGCAAACUACAUUGGCGCUCCACCAAACUGCCGGCCCGAGUGCUCCAUCAACUCGGAGUGCCCCAGCAACAGGGCUUGUAUCAGGGAGAAGUGUCGUGACCCAUGUCCAGGGUCGUGCGGCAUUGGCGCACAGUGCAGUGUGAUCAAUCACACCCCAGUUUGCACAUGCCCUGAGGGAUACACUGGAGACCCGUUUAUUAACUGCUUCCCGAAGCCACCAAAAAUUCAACCAGAACCAGAAAAGAGUGAUCCCUGCUAUCCAUCUCCCUGCGGGCCAAACACACAAUGUAAUGAUGGAGUGUGUACUUGCUUGCCAGAAUAUCAGGGUGAUCCUUAUGCAGGCUGUCGGCCAGAGUGUGUUCUAAGCUCUGACUGUGACAGGUCAAAGGCUUGCAUCAGAAAUAAGUGCACUGAUCCAUGUCCAGGAACGUGUGGACAGGAUGCCCGCUGUGAUGUUGUCAAUCACAUCCCAAUAUGCAGUUGUCCUGAAGGAAUGUCUGGGAAUGCAUUUAUCCAGUGCAGGCCUAUUCCUCCUCCUGUGGUGACACAGCCAUGCAACCCAUCUCCGUGUGGACCAAACAGCCAGUGUCGGGAGAUUAAUGGCCAAGCAGUGUGUUCUUGUGUGCCAGGAUACCUUGGAAGUCCUCCAUCAUGCAGGCCAGAGUGUGUUGUGAGCUCAGAUUGCAGUCAGAAUGAAGCAUGCAACAAUCAGAAGUGCAGAAAUCCAUGCCCAGGCACAUGUGGUGUGGCAGCUCGCUGUGAAGUAGUUAACCACAAUCCAAUUUGCAGUUGUCCUAUACGAUACACUGGUGAUCCAUUCGCCAGAUGCCAGCCAAUCUCCGAUACUCCUCCAGCACAAUUAAAUCCAUGUGCUCCAUCGCCUUGUGGUCCAAAUGCACAAUGUCAGGUUAUUGGAGACACUCCAUCAUGCACAUGCCUUCCAGAAUACAUGGGAUCACCACCCAAUUGUAGACCUGAGUGUGUGAGUAAUAGUGAAUGUGCCAGUCACCUUGCGUGCAUAAGACAGAAAUGUGAAGAUCCUUGUCCUGGAUCAUGUGGGGCUAAUGCUGAAUGCCGCGUUAUUAGUCACACUCCUAACUGUUUCUGUCUCUCAGGAUAUACUGGAGAUCCAUUUGUUAUCUGUUCACCCCAACCAGCUAUUCCUGAAGAAAGACCAACUCCUUGCUCACCUUCCCCAUGUGGGUCAAAUGCUGUGUGCAGAGAACAAAAUGGUGCUGGUUCUUGCACAUGUUUACCGGAAUACAUUGGCAACCCAUAUGAGGGCUGUCGCCCAGAAUGUACCUUAAACACUGACUGCACACCAGAUAGGGCAUGUAUCCGAAACAAAUGCCAGGAUCCCUGCCCUGGGACAUGUGGACAAAAUGCAGACUGUACCGUAGUCAAUCAUUUACCAUCAUGCACAUGUAUAUCAGGAUACACUGGUGACCCAUUUAGAUUCUGCAGUAUAGUACGAGAAACACCAGAGGAACCUAAAACUCCUUGUUCACCUUCACCAUGUGGGGCAAACAGUGCAUGUCGUGAAGUUAAUGAGCAAGCAGUGUGUUCUUGCCUGCCCAACUAUAUUGGCACACCACCUGGUUGUCGUCCAGAAUGUGUGGUAAGCUCAGAGUGUCCACAGAACAGAGCUUGCACCAAUCAGAAAUGUGCUGACCCUUGUAUUGGCACAUGUGGUUUGAACUCAAUUUGUGAGGUAAUAAACCAUAGCCCAAUCUGCAGCUGCAGACCAGGUUACACAGGAGAUCCUUUUGCACAAUGUUAUUUGAACCCAGUUGUAAUUCCUUCAGAAAAACCAGUAUAUCAUGACCCAUGUGUUCCAUCACCUUGUGGCCCGAAUGCACAGUGUAUCAACUCAGGAGGAGUUCCUUCAUGCGCAUGCAAUGCUGGUUACUUUGGUGCUCCACCAAACUGUAGACCAGAAUGUUCUGUUAAUUCAGAAUGUCCUAGCAAUAAGGCUUGUAUUAGGGAAAAAUGUCGCGACCCUUGUCCAGGCUCAUGUGGUGCUAGUGCACAAUGCAGUGUGAUCAACCACACACCAGUAUGCACCUGUCCUGAGGGAUACACUGGAGAUCCUUUCACCAACUGCUUCCCCAAACCACCAGAACAAGAACCUGAGAAGGCUGACCUAUGUCAUCCAUCUCCAUGUGGCUCAAACACACAGUGUGAUGAUGGAGUGUGUACUUGCUUGCCAGAAUACCAGGGUGAUCCAUAUGCUGGCUGUCGACCUGAGUGUGUCCUGAGCACAGAUUGUGAGAGGACAAAGGCUUGCAUAAGAAACAAGUGUGCAGAUCCUUGUCCAGGGACUUGUGGGCAGGAUGCACGCUGUGAUGUUGUCAAUCAUAUUCCAAUCUGUAGUUGUCCAGAGGGCAUGUCUGGCAAUGCAUUUAUUCAAUGCAGACCUAUUCCAUCUCCGCCAAAGACACAGCCAUGCAGCCCAUCUCCUUGUGGCCCUAACAGCCAAUGUCGAGAGAUUAAUGGCCAGGCAGUGUGUUCAUGUGUGCCAGGCUUCUUAGGAAGUCCACCAGCAUGUAGACCAGAAUGCAUUGUGAGCUCAGAUUGUGCACAAAAUGAAGCCUGUAACAACCAGAAAUGUCGGAACCCUUGCCCAGGAACAUGUGGUAUUGGAGCUCGUUGCGAGGUUGUUAACCACAAUCCUAUAUGCAGUUGUCCCUCACACUAUACAGGCGAUCCAUUUGCAAGAUGCUAUCCAGUCCCUGAAACUCCAUUACGGGAACCAACAAACCCUUGCCAGCCAUCUCCCUGUGGACCAAAUGCAGUUUGCCAAGUUUCUGGUGACAGUCCAUCUUGUUCAUGUUUGCCCGAUUUUAAAGGAUCACCUCCUAAUUGCCGACCAGAGUGUAUUAGCAACACAGAGUGUGCAAGCCACCUUGCAUGUAUAGGGCAACGCUGUAAAGAUCCAUGUCCAGGUUCGUGUGGAUCUAAUGCAGAAUGCAGAGUUAUUAGCCACACACCUAACUGUGCAUGUCUUCCAGGAUUUUCUGGAGAUCCAUUCAUCCAGUGUUUAUUACAGGAACCACCUGUGCCAGAAGAAAGACCAACACCAUGUAUACCAUCACCAUGUGGCUCAAAUGCAGUUUGUAAAGAGCAGAAUGGAGCUGGCUCUUGUACAUGUCUCCCAGAUUAUGUUGGUAAUCCUUAUGAGGUCUGCCGACCAGAAUGUAUUUUGAAUACUGACUGUCCAUCCAAUAGAGCUUGCAUACGUAACAAAUGUCAGGAUCCAUGUCCAGGAACUUGUGGCCUAAAUGCUGAAUGCCAAGUGGUCAAUCACCUGCCUUCAUGCACUUGCAUUCAAGGGUACUCUGGAGAUCCAUUCAAGUACUGCAGUCCUAUAAUAGAACAUGUUCCAGUUGAAAUUGGUAACCCUUGUGUGCCAUCUCCUUGUGGGCCUAACAGUGCAUGUCGUGAGGUAAAUGGUCAAGCAGUAUGUUCUUGCCUUCCGGAUUACAUGGGCACACCUCCUAAUUGCAGACCUGAGUGCACAGUGAGUGCAGAAUGUCAGCAAAAUAGGGCUUGCAUUAGACAGAAAUGUGCUGACCCAUGCCCUGGUACUUGUGGUCUCAACACUCGCUGUGAAGUCAUUAAUCAUAGUCCGAUUUGCAGCUGCCAAGCUGGGUACACUGGUGAUCCCUUCACACGCUGUUUUGCUGUGCCAGCUCCUCCUCCAGCAGAGGUGCUUCGACCAGUUAACCCAUGCUCUCCAUCACCCUGUGGUCCCAAUGCUCAGUGCAUAAAUGCAGGUGGUACAGCUUCAUGUGCCUGUCUAGCAAACUUCAUUGGAAUGCCACCAAACUGCAGACCUGAGUGUAGUAUAAAUGCUGAAUGUCCCAGCAAUAUGGCGUGCAUCAGGGAGAAAUGUAUGGAUCCAUGCCCAGGAUCAUGUGGUGCUAGUGCUUUGUGCACUGUUGUUAAUCACACCCCUGUUUGUACCUGCCCAGAAGGUUACACAGGAGAUCCAUUUACUAGAUGCUAUCCCAAGCCACCUCCAAGUCCUGAACCGAUUCCAAAGGAGCCCUGCUCUCCAUCACCUUGUGGACCAAAUUCUGUAUGUACAGAUGGCACAUGUACUUGUCUACCAGAUUAUCAAGGUGAUCCAUACCUGGGCUGUCACCCAGAAUGCAUUCUUAAUGCAGACUGUGAUAGAACAAAGGCCUGCAUCAGGAACAAAUGUAAUGAUCCCUGCCCAGGAACAUGUGGACAGGGUGCUCGGUGUGAUGUUGUUAACCACAUACCAAUAUGCAGUUGUCCAGAUGGAAUGUCUGGUAAUGCAUUUAUCCAAUGCAGGCCUAUUCCACCACCACCAGUAAUGCAGCCCUGCAACCCAUCUCCAUGUGGUCCCAAUAGCCAGUGCCGAGAGAUCAAUGGUCAGGCAGUAUGCUCUUGUGUACCAGGAUACAUUGGAAGUCCUCCUGCUUGUAGGCCUGAGUGUAUUGUGAGCUCUGAGUGUGCUCAGAAUGAAGCAUGCAGUAAUCAAAAGUGCAGGAAUCCAUGCCCCGGUACUUGUGGCAUUGGAGCACGCUGUGAAGUAGUUAAUCACAAUCCAAUUUGCAGCUGCCCAUUAGAGCACACUGGUGAUCCAUUUGUCAGAUGUCUGCCAAUAAUAUCUCAAGCCCCUCCAGAAUCACCUAAUCCAUGUGUUCCAUCACCAUGUGGACAGAAUGCUGUGUGUCAAGUGAUUGGUGAGAGUCCUUCAUGCUCUUGCUUGCCAGAGUUCAAAGGGUCCCCUCCAAACUGUAGACCAGAAUGUGUUAGUAACAGUGAAUGUGCCAGUCAUUUGGCAUGUAUUGGUCAGAAAUGUAGAGACCCGUGUCCAGGAUCCUGUGGAGCCAAUGCUGAAUGUCAUGUUGUCAGUCACACACCAAACUGUGUGUGUUUGUCAGGAUUUUCAGGUGACCCAUUCACACAGUGUUUCAAACAGGAGGCAAUACAGGCAGAGAGGGUAACACCCUGUGUUCCUUCUCCAUGUGGCUCAAAUGCUGUCUGCCGAGAACAAAACAGUGCAGGUUCAUGCACGUGUCUUCCAGACUAUGUUGGCAACCCAUAUGAAGGAUGUCGACCAGAAUGUGUGCUUAAUACUGACUGUUCUCCUAACAGGGCAUGCAUACGAAAUAAAUGCCAGGAUCCUUGUCCUGGCACAUGUGGUACCAAUGCCUACUGUCAAACAGUAAACCACCUUCCCUCUUGUACUUGUGUUGAGCAGUAUACAGGUGACCCGUUCAGACACUGUACUGUCAUAGUAGGUGUGGAAACUCCGCCAAGGGACCCUUGUCAACCGUCACCCUGUGGUCCAAACAGUGUGUGCCGCAUAGCAAACCAGCAGGCUGUGUGCUCUUGUCAAGCAGGCUAUAUGGGUGUACCACCAGGUUGUAGGCCUGAGUGUGUUGUAAGUGCUGAGUGCCCACGUGAUAAAGCCUGUGUCAACAACAAAUGUGUCGAUCCUUGCCCUGGAACAUGUGGCCUCAGUGCACGAUGUGAGGUCAUCAAUCACAGCCCUAUCUGUAGUUGCCAGGCUGGGCACACUGGAGACCCCUUCACCAGAUGCUAUGCUCUCCCUCCUAUUUCAGAACCACCAUCAAGGCCAGUGAACCCUUGUCUUCCAUCACCAUGUGGGCCACACUCAGUGUGCCAAGCUGUGGGUGAUACACCAUCAUGUUCAUGCAUUAUUGGUUACAUGGGAGUGCCACCAGGUUGUCGUCCGGAGUGUGCCAUCAAUGCAGAUUGCACAAGCAGUCUUGCAUGUUUGCGUGAAAAGUGUCGCGAUCCCUGCCCUGGUUCCUGUGGUGCAGGAGCUCUCUGCUCUGUUGUCAACCACACACCAGUGUGUACAUGCCCCGAAGAUUUCACAGGUGACCCAUUUACCAGCUGUAAUCCUGCUCCAGUUUCAGAACCAGGACCUAAGCCUGUUGAUCCAUGCCACCCCUCUCCCUGUGGACCAAAUGCUGUAUGCAAUGAUGGUAUAUGCAAUUGUCUGCCAGAGUACCAAGGUGAUCCUUAUGUAGGCUGUCGCCCAGAAUGCAUCUUCAGUGAUGACUGUGAUAGGACGAAGGCAUGUAUAAGGAAUAAAUGUGUGGAUCCAUGUCCAGGAACUUGCGGUCAAGAUGCCCAAUGUGAUGUUGUUAAUCACAUUCCAAUAUGCAGUUGCCCAGAGGGCACAUCUGGCAAUGCUUUUAUUCAGUGUAGACCUAUUCCACAGCCACCGGUGACACAACCGUGCAACCCAUCUCCGUGCGGACCUAACAGUCGUUGUCAAGAGAUCAAUGGUCAGGCUGUGUGCUCAUGUGUACCUGGCUACUUGGGAAGCCCUCCAGCAUGCAGACCUGAGUGCAUACUUAGCUCUGACUGUGGCCAGAGUGAAGCAUGCAGUAAUCAAAAAUGCAGGAAUCCCUGCCCAGGUACAUGUGGGAUAGGAGCACGCUGUGAAGUAGUGAAUCAUAAUCCAAUAUGUAGCUGUCCACCUCGCUACACUGGUGAUCCAUUUGUCAGAUGUCAACCAAAAGCAGAGAUCAAACCACAAACAUCAAAAGAUCUCUGUCAGCCAUCACCAUGUGGACCAUAUUCUCAGUGUCAAGUUGUUGGAGAAAGCCCAACAUGCAGUUGUCUACCUGAAUACAAAGGAACUCCUCCAAACUGUAGACCUGAAUGUGUUAGUAAUGGUGAAUGUGCAAGUAAUUUAGCAUGUAUAGGUCAGAAAUGCAAAGAUCCGUGCCCGGGAUCUUGUGGAACAAACGCUGAAUGCCGAGUUGUCAGUCACACACCAAACUGUGCUUGUCUUCCAGGAUAUUCGGGAGAUCCUUUCCAACACUGCGUUAUUCCUGAGGUUUCAGUUCCUAGACCAGCUGACAUGACAAGCCCCUGCAUACCAUCGCCAUGUGGUGCGAAUGCUAUAUGCAGGGAACAGAAUGGUGCUGGUUCCUGUUCUUGUCUGCCAGACUAUGUUGGCAACCCAUACGAAGGCUGCCGGCCAGAAUGUAUACUGAACACUGAUUGUACUGCAACAAAGGCUUGCAUCAGAAAUAAGUGCCAAGAUCCAUGUCCUGGAACAUGUGGCCAGAAUGCUCAGUGCCAAGUUAUUAAUCACAUACCAUCUUGUUAUUGCUUGCCAAAGUUUACUGGAGAUCCAUUUAGAUACUGCAGCAUUUCUCAAGAACCAACAGUAACUGAGCAUGUAGACCCAUGUUCUCCGAGUCCGUGUGGUCCUUAUAGCACAUGUCGUGUUGCUAAUGAGCAGGCAGUAUGCUCAUGUCAACCUGGCUUCAUUGGAUCACCACCUGGAUGUCGCCCAGAGUGUACUGUCAGUGCAGAGUGUGCACAGAACAGAGCAUGUAACAAUCUCAAGUGUAUUGAUCCUUGUCCAGGAACUUGUGGGCUCAACUCUCGGUGUGAAGUUAUUAACCACAGCCCAAUAUGUUCAUGCAAUGUUGGUUAUACUGGCGAUCCAUUCACGAGAUGCUAUUCAGUACCAACUCUGCCAUCUGAACCUACUUCCCCUCCUUUGCACAUUGAUCCAUGUCUCCCAUCACCUUGUGGCCCAUAUUCACAAUGUCGGGACAUUGGAGGAGUUCCAUCUUGUUCUUGCAUCAGAGAUUACUUUGGUACACCACCGAAUUGUCGACCAGAAUGCUCUGUCAACACAGACUGUCCACAUAAUCGUGCCUGUCUACGGGAGAAAUGCCGAGAUCCUUGUCCAGGUUCUUGUGGUGUCAGUGCUGAUUGUGCUGUUAUCAAUCACACACCUGUCUGCAGUUGUUUGCCAGGCUACACAGGGGAUCCAUUCUUUCAGUGCUACCCAAAACCAACAGCAGUACCUGCACCUUUACCAUCAGAUGCUUGUAAACCUUCGCCAUGUGGCUCCAAUGCUCAGUGCCAUGAAGGUGUUUGUACUUGCCUGCCUGAAUACCAAGGUGACCCAUACGCAGGGUGUCGUCCAGAGUGUGUCCUCAGCACUGACUGUGAAAGGAAACAGGCUUGCAUUAGGAAUAAGUGUACUGACCCUUGCCCAGGAACCUGUGGACAAAAUGCUCAAUGUGAAGUCAUAAAUCAUGUGCCAACAUGCAGUUGCCCUGAGGGGCUCUCAGGCAAUCCAUUUGUUUACUGCCGCCAAGUAGAAGCUCCUAUAGAAAGGCAACCAUGCAGUCCAUCACCUUGUGGUCCUAAUGCAGUCUGCCGGGAAAUCAAUGGACAGGCUGUCUGUUCAUGUGUGCUCGGUUUUCUGGGUGUACCACCAUCAUGUCAUCCAGAGUGCACUGUCAGCUCAGACUGUGCUUUAACAAAGGCUUGCCUCAAUCAACACUGUAUAGAUCCUUGUCCUGGUACAUGUGGUAUCAAUGCCCAUUGCCAUGUUGUCAACCACAAUCCAAUCUGCUCUUGCCCUGCAGGCUAUUCUGGAGAUCCCUUCACCAGGUGCUCCUCAAUAAUUAUUUCAACACCACCACAGCCAAAACCAAUUACACCAUGUCAGCCAUCACCAUGUGGGCCUAAUUCAGUCUGCCAGGUAUCAGUCGAUGGUUUAAGUCCAUUGUGUUCUUGUUUGGAUGGUUAUAUUGGCACCCCACCACUGUGUCGUCCCGAAUGUUUAUCCAACGGCGACUGCAGUCCACAGCAAGCUUGUAUUGGUCAACGAUGUAGGGAUCCUUGCCCUGGAUCAUGUGGAGUUAGUGCUGAAUGCCAUGUUAUCCUUCAUGUGCCAAGCUGCUCAUGUCCACCACCACUCACAGGCGAUCCUUUUACAUUUUGUACCAGCCCACCAGAGAUAAGUCCAACACAAGGAACUCCAACUGACCCCUGCAACCCUUCACCUUGUGGGCCAAAUUCUAACUGCCGUGUUGAAGCAAAUGGUUUCUCAUCAUGUGAAUGCUUGCCAGACUUCUAUGGUAACCCAUAUGAUGGGUGCCGACCUGAGUGUCUAGUCAGUUCGGACUGCUCUAUGGAUCGUGCUUGUAUACAGAACCACUGUCAGGAUCCUUGUCCUGGAACUUGUGGUGUAGGUGCCAUCUGCUCUGUUACAAAUCACAUUCCUAUUUGCUCUUGUCCUGAGGGAACAAGAGGAGAUGCCUUCCAUCUUUGUCAGCCUGUAAUAUUGCCGGUGCCAGGUUCAAGUGACCCAUGUGUACCUUCACCCUGUGGGCCAAAUGCACUUUGCCGAGCAGGUGAUUCUGGUGCUGCCUUGUGUGAAUGCUUACCAGGUUAUCAGGGUAUACCAGAUGGAAGUGGAUGCAGGCCUGAGUGUGUCCUCAGUGCUGACUGUCCACGUGACAAGGCGUGUGUGAGUGGCAAGUGCCGGGACCCAUGUCCAGGUGCCUGUGGUUAUGGUGCCAACUGCAAUGUUAUAAACCACAGCCCCAUCUGUUCUUGCCCAUCUGGUACAGGAGGAAAUCCAUUUGUACAAUGUACAGAGCAACCACCUGUUCCAAGCGAUCCCUGUGAGUCCUCACCAUGUGGACCAAAUGGACAGUGCCGUGUUGUGAAAGGUGCUGCUGUUUGCACAUAUCCAGAAUGUGUAAUCAAUCAAGACUGUGUUCGUGACAAGGCUUGUUUUGCUCAACGUUGUCGAGAUCCUUGCAGUGAGGGAACUGUCUGUGGUCUCAACGCACUAUGUCAAACUGUCAGCCAUGUCCCUGUGUGUUCCUGUCCAGCAGGUUACACAGGAGAACCUAGGCUGGAGUGCCACCCAGUGCCUGUAACUCCUCCAGCUCCACGCCCUGAAUGUACUCAAAACAAUGACUGUACAAAUGACAAGGCUUGUAUAAAUGAUUUUUGCCGUGAUCCUUGUCUGGAGAAUACAGGAAUUUGUGGACCUAAUGCACAAUGUCAUGUUCAGUUGCAUCGGCCAAUAUGCACCUGUAAGGACGGAUUUACUGGAAAUGCCAAUGGCCAUUGUUAUCAGAUUGGUUGUCGCUCAGAUGGAGAAUGCCCACCCACAGAGGCAUGUGUGAACGGCAACUGUGUGUCUCCAUGUUCCUACACACAUUGUGGUAUCGAUGCUCUUUGUGAGACUGAUGGCUGGCAUCAUGCACGUUGCCGCUGUCCUGAAAGUUGGACUGGAGAUCCACACACACUGUGCAGAAAGCCAGAAUGUUCAUCUGAUGCUGACUGUCCAUACAACCUAGCUUGCCUUGGCAAUCGAUGUGAAAAUCCUUGUCCUGGUGCAUGUGGUCAGAAUGCUAUCUGCACUGUUACUAACCAUUUAGCAACAUGUCACUGUCCACCAGGCUACACUGGAAAUCCUGGGUCACAAUGCACUCUUGAAAUUACGGAGCCAAAACAGUGUCGAGCUGAUGCUGACUGUGCAAGCAAAUUAGCUUGCUUUAGUGGAAACUGUCGAAACCCAUGUGUUGAAACAAAACCAUGUGGUCCAAAUGCUGAAUGCACGGUUGUAGACACUCUUCCUCUCAGGACCAUGGCCUGCCGCUGUCCACAGGGGUAUGUAGGGGAUGCAGACAUCGAAUGCAAACCAGCUCCUGAUGAAAAAGAAGGUUGUCAGUCUGAUGCAGACUGUACAUUAUCUGAGAUUUGUGUGAACAGACGUUGUUCCAAUGCAUGUACAUUGAAUCCAAGUUUGUGUGCACCAAAUGCACUGUGCCAAGCAACAAACCAUCAAGCAACAUGUGUCUGCCCUAGUACCCUAGUCGGUGACCCAUAUAGUAACUGCUAUUCAGCACACCUCAAUGAAUCAGAAUGCAGAACAGAUACGGAUUGUUCAGACAAACACUCUUGUAUUUCUGCACACUGUCUUGACCCCUGCACUGUCAGUUCUCGAUGUGGUGUGGGAGCUUUGUGUCAUUCAAGUUACCAUCGUGCUAUCUGCAGUUGUCCAGAUGGCUGGGCUGGAAAUCCAGAAAGAUUUUGCUACAGACCUGAAUGCACAAAUGAUGCAGAUUGCCCAUACAACAAGGCAUGUGAAUCAGGAAGUUGUUUGGAUCCUUGCGAACAUGCUGGUUGUGGACGCGGAGCUGAAUGCAUCACAGAGGCACACAGACCUCGUUGUCAGUGUCCUCCUGGUUCCCAGGGAGAUCCAUAUCGCACUUGUGUCACUGGUGUAUGUCAGUACAAUGAAGAUUGUGCUGGACAUGAAGCCUGCGAUCGACUGAAUCGUAUUUGUCGCCCUGUCUGUGAAGAAGACACUUGUGCAUCUGGUGCUGUGUGUAUUGGGAAAGAUCAUCAGCCUACGUGUGCUUGUCCUCAUGGCACAAAUGGAAAUCCAUAUGUUGAAUGUAGUUCUGCAAGAGUACCAACUGUUCCAGCUGAAUGUGAGGCUGAUCAUAACUGUCCAUCACAGCAAGCAUGUCUAAAUGCUGUAUGUCAAGAUCCAUGUGUGGCUGUAUCAUCAGUGUGUCCAGCUAAUCAACAAUGUCAUGUUCUUGAUACAUUACCUCUGCGAACAGUGACAUGUCACUGUCCUCAUGAUGCAGUUGCUGAUGCUUCAGGGUAUUGUAUACCUGUUGUUCCAGGAGAACCACAAUGUGUGACAGAUUCAGAAUGUGGUAAUACUGAAAAGUGUGUACGGGGUAAAUGUGUGGAAGCUUGCCGCACUGACUUCUGUGGCAUAAAUGCUAUCUGUCAGUCUGAUGACCAUAGAGCUGUUUGUCGUUGCCCUCCUGGAUACACAGGAAAUCCACGGGUUGAUUGUGUCAUUCUUCCAACACCACCACCGCCACCUCCAGAGUGCAUAAUGGAUGAAGACUGUUCAGCAGAUCAUGCUUGUCAGUUGGGUAGAUGUGUUAACCCAUGUUCUGCAAUAAGUCCAACACCAUGUGCAGCUACAGCUUUUUGUCAUGUGGAAGACCAUAUACCUGUGUGUCGCUGCCCUAGUGGAUAUGAAGGAAACCCUCACCAAGAGUGUCAUCCAGUAUCUGGACCACCUCUUGGAUGCACAGCAAAUUCUGAUUGUUCACAACAAGAAUCGUGUGUUAAUCAACUGUGUGUGAGUCCAUGCCAUUGUGGACCUAAUUCUGAGUGCCGAGUCAGCAAUCAUUUCCCCACUUGCUACUGUAAACCUGGAUUUUCUGGAAAUCCUCUAAUUGGUUGCAUUAAAGUUCAGUGCCAAUCAGAUGAUGACUGUUCCACUGACACACAAUGUUACAAUGGUGAAUGUGUGAACCCAUGCAUACUAGGAGCAGUAUGUGCUGUCAAUGCCGAGUGCUACGGAACAGAUCACCGUGCAGCAUGCCGCUGUCCUGUGGGAUAUGUUGGUGACCCGUUGUUGCACUGUGAAAGAGCCGAAUGUCGUGUUGAUGGUGACUGUCCUUCUACUAGAGCUUGUGUGCAACGCCACUGUGUCGAUCCUUGUGCUGUGGCCUCAUUAUGUGCAUCAAAUGCAAUAUGUGUGGUGCGCAACCAUGCAGCUGCAUGUCGCUGCCCGGAAGAUGUACCACUUGGUGAUCCAACGUCGUUCUGUGAGAAAAGGCCACCUGCAAAAGAACAAGAACCUGAAUGCAAGCUAGAUGUUGACUGCCCUAGCAGACAAGCUUGUCUAAAAUCACAUUGUGUCGACCCAUGUACUGAACUGAAACCAUGUGCAACAACAGCAAGAUGCUCAGUUCUCAACACGGUACCUGUAAGAACUAUGGUGUGCACUUGUCCUGAAGGCUGGGUUCCUGGCAGCGACGGGGAAUGUCGGCCUGUUGUGGUGCCUGUACCUCCUGGAUGCACAUCUGAUGAGAAUUGUGCAACAAAUGAAACAUGUAUUAAUCGAAUAUGCAGAAAUCCUUGUGACUGUGGUACAAAUGCCAACUGUUUUGUCCAAAACCAUCGUCCAAUUUGCUCAUGCCGAGAUGGAUAUGAUGGGAAUCCAAACAUUGGUUGUUAUGCUGUGGGAUGCCGCACAAACUCUGAAUGUGAUUCCGGGAAAGCUUGUGUGAACAGUGUGUGUGUAGAUCCAUGUACAGUAUCCAACCCAUGUGGACAACACGCAGAGUGUUACACAUUUGCUAACCGUGCUGAGUGUCGUUGCAUCAGUGGUUUUAUGGGAGACCCUCAUGAGGGCUGCCAUGCCAUUGGCUGCCGUGUGGACUCUGAUUGUCCUUACGACCGUGCCUGCCUAUCAGGUCGUUGUGCAGAUCCAUGUGCACAUGGCUACCCAGCACCUUGUGGACAAGGUGCACUCUGCAAGCCAACUCUUCAUCGUGCUGUUUGCCGUUGUCCACCAGCAUUACUUGCUGGCAAUCCAUAUAUUGCUUGUCGACCCAAGAUUCGUGCUGAAUGCAAUGGUGAUCCAGACUGCCCACCAAGACUUGCAUGCCUUGAUGGCCACUGCCGUAACCCUUGUUUUGAACUGCAGCCAUGUUCCAAGCCUGCAUCCUGCCAAGUAUUUAGCUCUGUGCCAGUAAGAACAAUGUUCUGUACUUGCCCUCCUGGUUAUGUGAGUUCAGGCAGUGGUGUGUGUCGUCCGACUCCCUCUGUCGUAGCUAUUGGUGGAUGUUCAUUUGACAGAGACUGCCCUGAUGACAAGACAUGUAUACAAGGAAUUUGCAAAAAUCCCUGCACAUGUGGUGCUAAUUCCGAUUGUCACGUGAAAGAUCACAGGCCCACAUGCACCUGUAAAGCAGGAUUUGACGGCAAUGCAGAUGUAGAAUGUGUAAGAGUGAGCUGCCGUACUGAUGGUGACUGUUCACCUCAGCAUCAUUGUGUGCAACGGAUAUGUGUACCAGCUUGUGCGUCUGAUGGAAGUUCAUGUGGUAAAGACGCAUUAUGUUAUGGUGCUCAACACCGUGCUAUUUGCGAGUGCCCUCCUGGACUGCUGGGAAAUCCACAAAAGGCUUGUGUAGCAGUGGGAUGUCGAGCAAAUUCUGACUGCCCAGCAGAGCACAGCUGUAUCUCUGGAACUUGUGCUAAUCCUUGCAGCUCCUCACCAUGUGCUCCACCAGCUGAAUGUAAAGUUUACAAACAUGAAGCACAGUGUAUCUGUCCACCAGGCUACAUAGGAGAUGGAUAUAUUACAGGAACAUUGUGCACAAAACAAAAUGUGACAUGCCAAGCUGACAGUGAUUGUUCAUCAAAGAUGGCAUGCAUUAAUGACAGCUGUGUUAACCCAUGUUCAGUUACUCAGCCAUGUGGUGAUAAUGCAAACUGUCAAGUGCUUGAUACAGUGCCUGUACGUACAAUGAUAUGUGAAUGUCCUCCUGGCUAUCAGGGCAAUGCUGCUGAGAAAUGCGAAAAAGCUCGAACAUGUCCAGUUGGGAAGGGUCAAGUUCUGGAUGAAAAGGGCAACUGUGUUUGUCCACCUGGUUAUGGCUUAGAUGACAGUGACACAUGUAUUCGUUGUGUUGCACAACAAGGAUUCAAAAUUGAUGAAAAGGGUCAAUGUGUUUGUGCACUGGAGAAAGGUAUGAUCAUAGAUGAACGUGGUCGUUGUGUCUGUCCAGUCCAAGUGGGUUAUCACUUGGAUGAGAAGGGAUAUUGUGUAAAAGACAAAUCUCCAAAAUGUAAUGAUGAUGAUGAUUGUGCCGAUGAGAUGUACUGUAAUCAGGAAACCAAGACUUGUGAGAAUCCAUGUCGAACUAAACAGUGUGGAGUGGAUGCAUAUUGCAGUGCAAGUAACCACCAGGCAGUAUGUGUGUGCCAUCCUGGAUGGUCUGGAAACCCUGAAAUUGCUUGCAAUGAUUCACGUGUACCAAGAACAGAGUUCCCCAAGCCUGAGAUCACUGUGAACUGCAAGUCAGACGGGGUUGAAGUUGAAUUUAGCUUGCCUGACCAGACAUUUAAUGGUAUUCUCUAUGUGAAAGGCCAUAGCAAAGAUGAUCGUUGCAGCAGAUUGAUUACCCCAUCUUCUGGUUCUGCACCUCAGUCAUUACUUUUUAAAGUAAACUUUGGCACAUGUGGUCUUAUUCAUUUCAAUAGAGAAGCAAGUUUCCUCCUUGUGCUACAGAAACACCCUAAACUUGUAACGUCUACAGCACAAGCAUAUCACAUUGUUUGCAAGUAUCAAACUGGUGAGCAGAAUGUAACAGUAGGAUUUAAUGUAUCAAUGCUCACAACAGCUGGCACUAUAGCAAACACAGGGCCACCACCUGUGUGUACAAUGAAGAUAAUUACAAAUGCUGGACAAGAAAUUAGGUCAGCUGAAAUAGGUGAAAACUUGCAGCUUCACGUGGAGGUGACACCAUCCAAUAUAUAUGGUGGUUUUGCACGAAGCUGUAUCGCAAAAACUGUUGAAAACAAUGUAGAAAAUGAAUAUAUGGUUACUGAUGAAAAUGGCUGUGCCACAGAUCCAACGAUAUUUGGAGAAUGGAAAUACAAUGCUGAAACGAAGUCUCUAGUGGCUAGUUUCAAUGCAUUCAAAUUUCCUAGCAGUGACAACAUCAAAUUUCAGUGCAACAUCAGAGUUUGCUUUGGAAAAUGUCAGCCGGUAAAUUGUAGAGACACUAAUGCAUUUGGCCGACGGAAACGAGAAAUUGAAGCACCAGAGAAUGACACUAAUGUAGCUAUUGCGGAGUCAAUGUAUGAAGGGCAGCUCAGAGAAGAGAUAACAAUACAGUCCAAUGCAAUACUGACAUUCGAACGAAGGGAGGAAAGAUACACAGCCUCAACUGAUGCACCAGAGACACAGAAACCUGAAGACAUAUGUGUAUCAAUGGUUGGAUUCAUAAUUGCUCUUGUGAUAACUGCUCUCCUUGCAUUAGUAGCUGUGGCAGUAGCAGUAUCGUGUUGGCUUGUAGCUUACCGUCGAAGACCAAAGCUGGCUGGGCCAUUGCCUCAUCCUCCUGAAUUCCCAAAUCCACUUUUUACAACACCAGAACCAGUUGCCGAACCCUCGCCUGAUUAUCUUACGUGAUUUGUGAUAUUUUACUCAAGUAAAACAUGUGGGACCUGAAUCAAUCACUCUGGUGCUCAGUUUGUGACUGACAUAAAGAAACUAGUUCCUCCUUCAUACAAUGGUUAGCUUCAAUUAUUAAUGGACUAUUUUCAGAAUGUAUAGUAUGUAUCUUGUGUUGCUAAGGAGGAAAAGUGAAAAUGCAAUUGAGAUCAUAUCAUAGUCAUAAUCUGAAGAUCUAAAAUGCAUUUUCCACAAUGUAGUCACCUCCUCCAAUGGCUUUGUGUAAAUGACACGAAAUAGGGUUUGUUCCACAUAGCAGUGGUGGUGGUUUAUUUUAUAGUAGUUCAUACUGAAAAUCUUGGUAUUGCAAGACUUAAAACAUACUGUCAGAAUUAAACUUGUUAUGAUUUUGGUCAUUAAUGUAGGAUUGCCUCCACUUUUAUGCUAUUGGUUUUAUUAUUUUACAUCUUGUACCCCUAAGCUAGAUUUCUUUGCUGCAUUGUGAGCUUGACUGAAUUAGCCAUUGGAGGAUUUGAGUAGUUACAAUGAUAUAAAUAAUAAAUGUGAAUAAUGUUGAUAUGUAUUUUGUGUGUUAUGUUGUUGUUUGUGUCAGAUACUUUUCUGUUACUUGUGCUAAUAUUCUACAAUUCCAUGUCACAAUUUAUCAUUAACUCAUCAUAAAAAACAGUAUGGUAAACCUGCCUGCCAGUUUUGCAAUCAUCAUUACACACCUUCACAAAUAAAGAAGUAUGAUGUUUUGAAUGUCAAAUAAUUUUCCAAAUAAUAUUUAUUAAUUUAUCUGCUGUAACUUGAAGAAAAGAUUUGAACCUCUCUAAAGCCAUGAAUAACAAGUCUUCCAUUUGCAAUUAGAUUGCAGCAGAACUGACAAUUUAGCCUACACUCUUAUUUUCAUCACAUCUUCAUUUAAAUAUUUAUUAAAUGUUUGUCCCAUAAAAGACUGCCAUUUUGCUACAGUAGAUGUAGAUAUGCAUGAGUUGGUCACAUUUGCCUCAUGUAUUGUACAGAAGAAUUCUCAUCCUAUGCUGUGCAUACCACCUUGUCUGAAAAUAAAUUUCUGUAUAUAAUGCCAAAAUUGCAGAAUUUUCAGUGGUUUCAUUUGUGUUAUAUCAGCAAGCUGCUGUUUAUUCUGUAAGAACAAAGUUUCUAACAUGGGCACAUUCUGCAGUGUAAUUUAUGUGUUUCUACCAGAUUGUACUAAUGUGCUUCUGUUAGUUAUUUUGAAGGGAUACUUUUUUUUUCCUUUUGAAUAUUAGGAAUCUCUUCAUUCAAAAUUUUUUUCGGUGAAGGGUAAAGGUGGUAUGCUGUGCCAUUUAUGAUAAUUGUAUUAAUCAAAUUAAGCAGUUGCUUUAAUUUAACUUCUGAAAUACUCUUUGUUUCCAGAGGCCUGAAAUAAUUCUUAACUGUGAGUGAGUCUUGUAAUUGUGAUAAAUGUCUAAUAAAGAUGUUGUUAUAAUUAAA